AGCAUCUCAGGAUACUCUGCAACAUGACCGUAGACAACAAUUCCAGUGAACUGAACAAAAUACAUUCAACGCCAAAUCCACCCGUAACUAAAAAUGAGGAGAAAAUCCCCCCCAAAAAGGAGUCAUGCUGUGACACUCUAAAGGUAAAUAGUUUGAAAUUUAGCAAAUCUGCUUUUUUAGGAAACGCUAAUCUUGAUAAUUCAUAUCCUGCAAAUCCUCUUCCCAUAAAAUGGAAGCCUUCUAAAGAAGGAGAGAAUUGCCAGCUAAGCUCCCAGAGGCCAGAUGUGAUCAUGGCUCCCAGAUAGUCUAACAACUCCUAGCUUUCAUUAAAUCUCUGGAAUUUAAAAAAAAUAUUGGCUAAUCAAGUGUUCUAUCCGAAACAAUACAUUGUUUUUAUCCGUGUCCCAGAGAGUGCAAAUAAUGCAAUGAUUAUUUUUUAAGUUGUAGAUCAAAUGAGAAAUUGGAAUCUAACUACACACAGAGCUAUUUAUAGGACCUGAUUAGGAUCUUACAGUUUAUCCUAUUCUUGACGCUUAGUUGGAAAUUGGAAAGGGUUCAUUCAUGCAAUCUGCACUUUGUUCCAGAUACCAUUACCAGUGUUUUGCAUUUAAGGAUAUGUUUUGUCCCUGUGUUGUCUUAUGGAUGCUCUGUUUGUGUAGAUUAGUAACAGACAUUCCUGUGGCUUCACGUGUAGGUCACAACAAUGGGUGACUGACAACACAAAUUAAGGUGGAAACGUAUUUCCAAACUGAGAACUGGAAGAUAUUUCAGGUAGAUUGACCUUGUAUCCACCUUCAUUGAUUGCGACAGUCUCUCCUUGUCUCAGGGUUCAGAUUUAUGACUAAAUCAGUGCUUCCCAAAACAGCCCUCAAGGCAUCACUACCAGUCCAGGAUUUAGGGAUUAUCCAGUUGUGUCUAAAAAACACAUUAGAUACAACUGGGUAAUCCCUAAAUCCUGGACUAGUAGGUGUACCUGGAGACUAGUUUGGACAAAAUAACUGAGAUGCAUUAAAUAGGGAUGUGAUAAGCAGUUACUUGUUACCCUGAGUUUUUGGUCAAACUGCUCUAGGCGAACCAGAAAGAGAUUUCCAUUCCCAUUUUGUUGGGAAUUUCCAUUUCCAUUCCAUGACAGUUUGGUGAUCGGGUAAAAUCAUAAGUGAAUAUAUUGUCCUUAAUAGAGAGAUCUAGCAGUUUUCGCCCUUCACAUUUCUAGUUGUGGAAGGGAUUGGUCGGAAGGUGAAGUUCUGAAUAACUUUCCAGACGUCGGCUGAUCUCGAUACAUCAGUGUAUGAACAGUUAGAUCAAUAACCUUUAAAGUAUUUGCCCUUAGGUGAUUCCCAAGCUAGUGACUCUGUUGACCCAUGCUGUAGUGUGGGUUGUAACAGACCAACAUUAACUGAGGUUGGAGAUAUUCUGGACAGACUAUGGGCCUCAUAUAAGGUUUAAUCCGUACCACUCUAUAUUAUUGAUUAUUAAUGGGACACUCCACUGACCUGUUAACUCGGCUUUAUUAAAUAUUUACCCCACCCAAUGCCCACAGGUAGGACCACAUCAUUUACUGUCCUCAUCCUCAUGUGAUGUGUACCUUCUAGCGAUGUGGCACCAAUAGUUUCCUCUUGGCUAGUUUAGUUUUUAGCUGUGGCUGCUCAAUUCCUAGUAAAUAUGCCUCCACUUGUGGCAAGGAGGUGUGGGCAUAAGAGAGUCAUUAAAUCUAUUUUAGUAAUAUGGCUAUCAUAUUAAAUCCCAUUGUCUUUAUUGUUUAUUUUAUUUUUUUGCUUGUUAAUGGGGCGGCUGGCCACAUGAUUAACAGGAUUAAACCUCAUGCUGCCAAAUGGUUUUAACUGUUUGCUUACUAACUGCUAGUGCUUUCAGCAGGCAAAAUGUUCUUAUUAUCAAUUAUCACUAACUGGCAAAAAGCAGAUAAAAAUAAAUCAGUAUAUACAAGAAAUAAAAAUCUGGUCAGCAUUCGUCCAUUUUCUCCAAAUUUUGUCCAUCUAGACAAAUUGGUUAUUUGGUAAAUAGACCUGUGAAAUAUUGCACAUUGACCCCUGACCUCCUGCCUUCUCUCACUCUGCUGCCUCACUGACUGUACUAAUCGCCAGUUAACUGUCAUGACAGACCACACACAUUCAUUUACACUGGAAGUCAAAACAUCCGUGCUAUCAAAGCAACUCCAGCAAAGGCUCCAUGAGUUCUGCCUCUGCAUUAUUGAAGGGUGGAAUUCAUGAUCUUGCGCAGUAUUCCAGAAAUGGAGGAGUCAGAAAACAUAGGGCAUUCCUAUUAGAAGAGUUGUGAGGGAAUUCUGGACAAAUCCAUAAUAUCUGGAGAAAAGGAAAGAAGGAGAACUGUUAGAGUUUGUCGAUUAUGCCUUGACAGUGCUCUACAAUUCCCGUUAUAACUCACCAUAUUUCCAUUUUAGGGAACAGAACCCACCAUGUUUCUAUUUUAGGGAAUAUAAGCCACCAUGUUUCCCUUUUAGGGGAUAGAACCUACCAGGUUUCCAUUUAAGGAAUAGAACCCACCAUGUUUCCCUUUUAGGGGAUAGAACCUACCAGGUUUCCAUUUAAGGAAUAGAACCCACCAUGUUUUCCUUUAAGGGGAUAUAACCUACCAGGUAUCCAUUUAAGGAAUAGAACCCACCAUGUUUCUAUUUUAGGGAAUAGAACCCACCAUGUUUCCACUGUAGGGAAUGGAACCCACCAUGUUUCCAUUGUAGGGAAUAGAACCCACCAUGUUUCCAUUGUAUGGAAUAGAACCCACCAUGUUUCCAGUUUAGGGAAUAGAACCCACCAUGUUUCCAUUUUAGGGAAUAGAUCCCACCAUUUUUCCAUUUUAGGGAAUAGAACCCACCAUAUUUCCAUUUUAGGGAAUAGAACCCACCAUGUUUCUGUUUUAGGGAAUAGAACCCACCAUGUUUCCAUUUUAGGUUACCAUGUUUGGUUGCAUUUUAGGGAAUUGAACCCACCAUGUUUCCAGUUUAGGAAAUAGAACCCACCAGGGAAUAUUAUUAUUAUUAUUAUUAUUAUUAUCAUUUAUAUAGCGCCAACAGAUUCCGUAGCGCUUUACAAUAUUAUGAGGGGGGGGGAUGUAACAAUAAAUAGGACAAUUACAAGAAAACUUACAGGAACAAUAGGUUGAAGAGGACCCUGCUCAAACGAGCUUACAGACUAUAGGAGGUGGGGUAUUAGAAACAUUAGGACAAGAAAUAUCAAGUAGGAGUGAAUCAGAGCUGGGGGAGAGAGCAAAGCACUGUCUCAUAGGAGAGAGCAGGAGACAGGUAUGUAAGGUAGAGAUUACUCCGGGAGGCCAUUAGCUUUCCUGAAGAGAUGGGUUUUAAGGCCCUUCUUAAAUGAUUGAAGACUAGGGGAGAGUCUGAUGGCAGUAGGCAAGCUAUUCCAUAGGAGAGGAGCCACCCGCGAGAGGUCCUGCAAGCGCGAGUUGGCCGUACGGGUGCGAGCAGCGGUCAGGAGGUGGUCACGGGCAGAGCGGAGGGCACGAGGAGGGGCAUAUCUAUGGAUUAGUGAAGAGAUAUAAGUGGGGCUAGAAUUGUUCAGUGCUUUAAAUGUGUGGGUUAGCACUUUGAAUUGACUCCUAUAGCAUACAGGUAAGGUCUGGCAGAGGGAUGUUUGCAUUUUAGGGAAUUGAACCCACCAUGUUUCCAUUUUAGGGAAUAUAACCCACCAUGUUUCCAUUUUAUGGAAUAGAACCCACCAUGUUUCCAUUUUAGGGAAUAGAACCCACCAUGUUUCCAUUUUAGGGAAUAGAUCCCACCAUGUUUCCAUUUUAGGGAAUAGAACCCACCAUGUUUCCAUUUUAGGGAAUAGAACCCACCAUGUUUCUAUUUUAGGGACUAGAACCCACCAUGUUUCCAUUAAGGAAUAGAACCCACCAUGUUUCCAUUUAAGAAAUAGAACUCACCAGGAUUCAAUUUUAGGGAAUAUAACUCACCAUGUUUCCAUCUUAGGGAAUAGAACCCACCAUGUUUCCAUUUUAGGGAAUAUAACUCACCAUGUUUCCAUUUUAGGUAAUAGAACCCACCAUGUUUCUAUUAAGCAAGAGAACCCAUCAUGUUUCCAUUUUAGGGAAUCAAACCCACCAUGUUUCCAUUUUAGGGAAUAGAUCCCACCAUGUCUCCAUUUUAGGGAAGAGAACCCACCAUGUUUCCAUUUAAGGAAUAGAACCCACCAUGUUUCCAUUUAAGGAAUAGAACUCACCAGGAUUCCAUUUUAGGGAAUAUAACUCACCAUGUUUCCAUCUUAGGGAAUAGAACCCACCAUGUUUUCAUUUUAGGGAAUAAAACUCACCAUGUUUCCAUUUUAGGUAAUAGAACCCACCAUGUUUCUAUUAAGCAAGAGAACCCAUCAUGUUUCCAUUUUAGGGAAUCAAACCCACCAUGUUUCCAUUUUAGGGAAUAGAUCCCACCAUGUCUCCAUUUUAGGGAAGAGAACCCACCAUGUUUCCAUUGUAGGGAAUAGAACCCGCCAUGUUUCCAUCUUAGGGAAUAUAACCCAUCAUAUUUGCAUUUUAGGGAAAAGAUCCCACCAUGUUUCCAUUUUAGGGAAUAGAACCCACCAUGUUUCCAUUUAAGGAAUAUAAUCCACCAUGUUUCCAUUUUAGGGAAUAGAACCCACCAUGUUUCCAUUUUAGGGAAUAGAACCCACCAUGUUUCCAUUUAAGGAAUAUAACCCACCAUGUUUCCAUUUUAGGUAAAGGAACCCACCAUAUUUCCAUUAUAAGGAAUAGAACCCGUCAUGUUUCCAUUUUAGGGAAUAUAACUCACCAUGUUUCCAUUUUAGGGAAUAGAGCUCACCAUGUUUCCAUUUUAGGAAUAUAUCUCACAUGUUUCCAUUUUAGGGAAUAGAAUCCACCAUGUUUCCAUUUUAGGGAAUAUAUCCCACCAUGUUUCUAUUUUUUGGAAUAGAUCCCACCACGUUUCCCUUUUAGGGAGUAGAACCUGCCAUGUUUCCAUUUUACGGAAAAUAACAAACCAUGUUUCCAGUUUAGGGAAUAGAACCUGCCAUGUUUCCAUUUUAGGAAAUAGAACCCACCAUGUUUCCAUUUUAGGGAAUAGAACUCACCAUGUUUCCGUUUUAGGGAGUAGAACCCACCAUGUUUCCAUUUAAGGAAUAGAACCCACCAUGUUUCCAUUUUAGGGAAUAGAACCCACCAUGUUUCCAUUUCAGGAAUAGAACCCACUAUGUUUCCGUUUUAGGGAAAAUAACCCACCCAUGUUUCCAUUUUAGGGAAUAGAACCCACCAUGUUUCCAUUUUAGGGAAUAGAUCCCACCAUGUUUCCAUUUUAGGGAAUAGAACCCACCAUGUUUCUAUUUUAGGGACUAGAACCCACCAUGUUUCCAUUAAGGAAUAGAACCCACCAUGUUUCCAUUUAAAGAAUAGAACUCACCAGGAUUCCAUUUUAGGGAAUAGAACUCACCAUGUUUCCAUCUUAGGGAAUAGAACCCAUGUUUCCAUCUUAGGGAAUAGAACCCACCAUGUUUCCAUUGUAGGGAAUAGAACCCACCAUGUUUCCAUUGUAGGGAAUAGAACCCACCAUGUUUCCAUUUUAGGGAAUAAAACCCACCAUGUUUGGUUGUAUUUUAGGGAAUUGAACCCACCAUGUUUCCAUUUUAGGGAAUAGAACCCACCAUGUUUCCAUUUUAGGGAAUAGAACCCACCAUGUUUCCAUUUUAGAGAAUAGAACCCACCAUGUUUGCAUUUUAGGGAAUUGAACCCACCAUGUUUCCAUUUUAGGGAAUAUAACCCACCAUGUUUCCAUUUUAUGGAAUAGAACACACCAUGUUUCCAUUUUAUGGAAUAGAACACACCAUGUUUCCAUUUUAGGAAAUAGAACCCACCAUGUUUUCAUUUAAGGAAUAUAACCCACCAUGUUUCCAUCUUAGGGAAUAGAACCCACCAUAUUUCUGUUUUAGGGAAUAGAACCCACCAUGUUUCCAUUUUAGGCAAUAGAUCCCACCAUUUUUCCAUUUUAGGGAAUAGAACCCACCAUGUUUCCAUUUUAGGGAAUAGAACCCACCAUGUUUGCAUUUUAGGGAAUAGAUCCCACCAUGUUUCCAUUUUAGGGAAUAGAACCCACCAUGUUUCCAUUUAAGGAAUAUAAUCCACUAUGUUUCUGUUUUAGGGAAUAGAACUCACCAUGUUUCCAUCUUAGGGAAUAGAACCCACAAUGUUUCCAUUUUAUGGAAUGUAACCCACCAUGUUUCUGUUUUAGGGAAUAGAAUCCACCAUGUUUCCAUUUUAAGGAAUAGAACCCACCAUGUUUCCAUGUAAGGAAAAUAACCCACCAUGUUUCCAUUUUAGGUAAAGGAACCCACCUUAUUUCCAUAUAAGGAAUAGAACCCGUCAUGUUUCCAUUUUAGGGAAUAUAACUCAACAUGUUUCCAUUUUAGGGAAUAGAAUCCACCAUGUUUCCAUUUUAGGGAAUAUAUCCCACCAUGUUUCUAUUUUUUGGAAUAGAUCCCACCACGUUUCCCUUUUAGGGAGUAGAACCUGCCAUGUUUCCAUUUUACGGAAAAUAACAAACCAUGUUUCCAGUUUAGGGAAUAGAACCUGCCAUGUUUCCAUUUUAGGAAAUAGAACCCACCAUGUUUCCAUUUUAGGGAAUAGAACUCACCAUGUUUCCGUUUUAGGGAGUAGAACCCACCAUGUUUCCAUUUAAGGAAUAGAACCCACCAUGUUUCCAUUUUAGGGAAUAUAACCCACCAUGUUUCCAUUUCAGGAAUAGAACCCACUAUGUUUCAGUUUUAGGGAAAAUAACCCACCAUGUUUCCAUUUUAGGGAAUAGAACCCACCAUGUUUCCAUUUUAGGGAAUAGAUCCCACCAUGUUUCCAUUUUAGGGAAUAGAACCCACCAUGUUUCUAUUUUAGGGACUAGAACCCACCAUGUUUCCAUUAAGGAAUAGAACCCACCAUGUUUCCAUUUAAAGAAUAGAACUCACCAGGAUUCCAUUUUAGGGAAUAGAACUCACCAUGUUUCCAUCUUAGGGAAUAGAAUCCACCAUGUUUCCAUUUUAGGGAAUAUAUCCCACCAUGUUUCUAUUUUUUGGAAUAGAUCCCACCAUGUUUCCCUUUUAGGGAGUAGAACCUGCCAUGUUUCCAUUUUACGGAAAAUAACAAACCAUGUUUCCAGUUUAGGGAAUAGAACCUGCCAUGUUUCCAUUUUAGGAAAUAGAACCCACCAUGUUUCCAUUUUAGGGAAUAGAACUCACCAUGUUUCCGUUUUUGGGAGUAGAACCCACCAUGUUUCCAUUUAAGGAAUAGAACCCACCAUGUUUCCAUUUUAGGGAAUAGAACCCACCAUGUUUCCAUUUCAGGAAUAGAACCCACUAUGUUUCAGUUUUAGGGAAAAUAACCCACCAUGUUUCUAUUUUAGGGAAUAGAACCCACCAUGUUUCCAUUUUAGUGAAUAGAUCCCACCAUGUUUCCAUUUUAGGGAAUAGAACCCACCAUGUUUCUAUUUUAGGGACUAGAACCCACCAUGUUUCCAUUAAGGAAUAGAACCCACCAUGUUUCCAUUUAAAGAAUAGAAAUCACCAGGAUUCCAUUUUAGGGAAUAGAACUCACCAUGUUUCCAUCUUAGGGAAUAGAACCCACCAUGUUUCCAUUGUAGGGAAUAGAACCCACCAUGUUUCCAUUGUAGGGAAUAGAACCCACCAUGUUUCCAUUUUAGGGAAUAAAACCCACCAUGUUUGGUUGUAUUUUAGGGAAUUGAACCCACCAUGUUUCCAUUUUAGGGAAUAGAACCCACCAUGUUUCCAUUUUAGGGAAUAGAACCCACCAUGUUUCCAUUUUAGAGAAUAGAACCCACCAUGUUUGCAUUUUAGGGAAUUGAACCCACCAUGUUUCCAUUUUAGGGAAUAUAACCCACCAUGGUUCCAUUUUAUGGAAUAGAACACACCAUGUUUCCAUUUUAUGGAAUAGAACACACCAUGUUUCCAUUUUAGGAAAUAGAACACACCAUGUUUCCAUUUAAGGAAUAUAACCCACCAUGUUUCCAUCUUAGGGAAUAGAACCCACCAUAUUUCUGUUUUAGGGAAUAGAACCCACCAUGUUUCCAUUUUAGGCAAGAGAUCCCACCAUUUUUCCAUUUUAGGGAAUAGAACCCACCAUGUUUCCAUUUUAGGGAAUAGAACCCACCAUGUUUCUAUUUUAGGGACUAGAACCCACCAUGUUUCCCACCAUGUUUCCAUUUCAGGAAUAGAACCCACUAUGUUUCAGUUUUAGGGAAAAUAACCCACCAUGUUUCCAUUUUAGGGAAUAGAACCCACCAUGUUUCCAUUUUAGGGAAUAGAACCCACCAUGUUUCCAUUUUAGGGAAUAGAACCCACCAUGUUUCUAUUUUAGGGACUAGAACCCACCAUGUUUCCAUUAAGGAAUAGAACCCACCAUGUUUCCAUUUAAAGAAUAGAACUCACCAGGAUUCCAUUUUAGGGAAUAGAACUCACCAUGUUUCCAUCUUAGGGAAUAGAACCCACCAUGUUUCCAUUGUAGGGAACAGAACCCACCAUGUUUCCAUUGUAGGGAAUAGAUCCCACCAUUUUUCCAUUUUAGGGAAUAGAACCCACCAUGUUUCCAUUUUAGGGAAUAGAACCCACCAUGUUUCUAUUUUAGGGACUAGAACCCACCAUGUUUCCAUUUUAGGGAAUAGAUCCCACCAUGUCUCCAUUUUAGGGAAGAGAACCCACCAUGUUUCCAUUGUAGGGAAUAGAACCCGCCAUGUUUCCAUCUUAGGGAAUAUAACCCACCAUGUUUCCAUUUAAGGAAUAUAAUCCACUAUGUUUCUGUUUUAGGGAAUAGAACUCACCAUGUUUCCAUCUUAGGGAAUAGAAUCCACCAUGUUUCCAUUUUAGGGAAUAUAUCCCACCAUGUUUCUAUUUUUUGGAAUAGAUCCCACCACGUUUCCCUUUUAGGGAGUAGAACCUGCCAUGUUUCCAUUUUACGGAAAAUAACAAACCAUGUUUCCAGUUUAGGGAAUAGAACCUGCCAUGUUUCCAUUUUAGGAAAUAGAACCCACCAUGUUUCCAUUUUAGGGAAUAGAACUCACCAUGUUUCCGUUUUAGGGAGUAGAACCCACCAUGUUUCCAUUUAAGGAAUAGAACCCACCAUGUUUCCAUUUUAGGGAAUAUAACCCACCAUGUUUCCAUUUCAGGAAUAGAACCCACUAUGUUUCAGUUUUAGGGAAAAUAACCCACCAUGUUUCCAUUUUAGGGAAUAGAACCCACCAUGUUUCCAUUUUAGGGAAUAGAUCCCACCAUGUUUCCAUUUUAGGGAAUAGAACCCACCAUGUUUCUAUUUUAGGGACUAGAACCCACCAUGUUUCCAUUAAGGAAUAGAACCCACCAUGUUUCCAUUUAAAGAAUAGAACUCACCAGGAUUCCAUUUUAGGGAAUAGAACUCACCAUGUUUCCAUCUUAGGGAAUAGAACCCACCAUGUUUCCAUUGUAGGGAAUAGAACCCACCAUGUUUCCAUUGUAGGGAAUAGAACCCACCAUGUUUCCAUUGUAGGGAAUAGAACCCACCAUGUUUCCAUUUUAGGGAAUAAAACCCACCAUGUUUGGUUGUAUUUUAGGGAAUUGAACCCACCAUGUUUCCAUUUUAGGGAAUAGAACCCACCAUGUUUCCAUUUUAGGGAAUAGAACCCACCAUGUUUCCAUUUUAGAGAAUAGAACCCACCAUGUUUGCAUUUUAGGGAAUUGAACCCACCAUGUUUCCAUUUUAGGGAAUAUAACCCACCAUGUUUCCAUUUUAUGGAAUAGAACACACCAUGUUUCCAUUUUAUGGAAUAGAACACACCAUGUUUCCAUUUUAGGAAAUAGAACCCACCAUGUUUCCAUUUAAGGAAUAUAACCCACCAUGUUUCCAUCUUAGGGAAUAGAACCCACCAUAUUUCUGUUUUAGGGAAUAGAACCCACCAUGUUUCCAUUUUAGGCAAUAGAACCCACCAUUUUUCCAUUUUAGGGAAUAGAACCCACCAUGUUUCCAUUUUAGGGAAUAGAACCCACCAUGUUUCUAUUUUAGGGACUAGAACCCACCAUGUUUCCAUUAAGGAAUAGAACCCACCAUGUUUCCAUUUAAGGAAUAUAACUCACCAGGAUUCCAUUUUAGGGAAUAGAACUCACCAUGUUUCCAUCUUAGGGAAUAUAACCCACCAUGUUUCCAUUUUAGGGAAUAGAACCCACCAUGUUUACCAGUUUAGGGAAUAGAACCCACCAUGUUUCCAUUGUAGGGAAUAGAACCCACCAAGUUUCCAUUUUAGGGAGUAGAACCCACCAUGUUUCCAUUUUAGGGAAUAGAACCCACAAUGUUUGGUUGUAGUUUAGGGAAUUGAACCCACCAUGUUUCUAGUUUAGGGAAUAUAACCCACCAUGUUUCCAUUUUAGGGAAUUGAACCCACCAUGUUUCCAUUUUAGGGAAUAUAACCCACCAUGUUUCCAUUUUAUGGAAGAGAACCCACCAUGUUUCCAUUUUAGGGAAUAGAACCCACCAUGUUUUCAUUUAAGGAAUAGAACCCACCAUGUUUCCAUCUUAGGGAAUAGAACCCACCAUGUUUCUGUUUUAGGGAAUAGAACCCACCAUGUUUCCAUUUUAGGGAAUAGAUCCCACCAUUUUUCCAUUUUAUGGAAUAGAACCCACCAUGUUUCCAUUUUAGGUAAUAGAACCCACCAUGUUUCUAUUUUAGUGACUAGAACCCACCAUGUUUCCAUUAAGGAAUAGAACCCACCAUGUUUCCAUUUAAGGAAUAGAACUCACCAGGAUUCCAUUUUAGGGAAUAUAACUCACCAUGUUUCCAUCUUAGGAAAUAGAACCCACCAUGUUUCCUUUGAGGGAAUAUAACUCACCAUGUUUCCAUUUUAGGUAAUAGAACCCACCAUGUUUCUAUUAAGCAAGAGAACCCAUCAUGUUUCCAUUUUAGGGAAUCAAACCCACCAUGUUUCCAUUUUAGGGAAUAGAUCCCACCAUGUCUCCAUUUUAGGGAAGAGAACCCACCAUGUUUCCAUUGUAGGGAAUAGAACCCACCAUGUUUCCAUCUUAGGGAAUAUAACCCAUCAUAUUUGCAUUUUAGGGAAUAGAUCCCACCAUGUUUCCAUUUUAGGGAAUAGAACCCACCAUGUUUCCAUUUAAGGAAUAUAAUCCACUAUGUUUCUGUUUUAGGGAAUAGAACUCACCAUGUUUCCAUCUUAGGGAAUAGAACCCACAAUGUUUCCAUUUUAUGGAAUGUAACCCACCAUGUUUCUGUUUUAGGGAAUAGAAUCCACCAUGUUUCCAUUUUAAGGAAUAGAACCCACCAUGUUUCCAUGUAAGGAAAAUAACCCACCAUGUUUCCAUUUUAGGUAAAGGAACCCACCUUAUUUCCAUAUAAGGAAUAGAACCCGUCAUGUUUCCAUUUUAGGGAAUAUAACUCACCAUGUUUCCAUUUUAGGGAAUAGAGCUCACCAUGUUUCCAUUUUAUGGAAUAUAUCUCAACAUAUUUCCAUUUUAGGGAAUAGAAUCCACCAUGUUUCCAUUUUAGGGAAUAUAUCCCACCAUGUUUCUAUUUUUUGGAAUAGAUCCCACCACGUUUCCCUUUUAGGGAGUAGAACCUGCCAUGUUUCCAUUUUACGGAAAAUAACAAACCAUGUUUCCAGUUUAGGGAAUAGAACCUGCCAUGUUUCCAUUUUAGGAAAUAGAACCCACCAUGUUUCCAUUUUAGGGAAUAGAACUCACCAUGUUUCCGUUUUUGGGAGUAGAACCCACCAUGUUUCCAUUUAAGGAAUAGAACCCACCAUGUUUCCAUUUUAGGGAAUAGAACCCACCAUGUUUCCAUUUCAGGAAUAGAACCCACUAUGUUUCAGUUUUAGGGAAAAUAACCCACCAUGUUUCCAUUUUAGGGAAUAGAACCCACCAUGUUUCCAUUUUAGGGAAUAGAACUCACCAUGUUUCCAUCUUAGGGAAUAGAAUCCACCAUGUUUCCAUUUUAGGGAAUAUAUCCCACCAUGUUUCUAUUUUUUGGAAUAGAUCCCACCACGUUUCCCUUUUAGGGAGUAGAACCUGCCAUGUUUCCAUUUUACGGAAAAUAACAAACCAUGUUUCCAGUUUAGGGAAUAGAACCUGCCAUGUUUCCAUUUUAGGAAAUAGAACCCACCAUGUUUCCAUUUUAGGGAAUAGAACUCACCAUGUUUCCGUUUUUGGGAGUAGAACCCACCAUGUUUCCAUUUAAGGAAUAGAACCCACCAUGUUUCCAUUUUAGGGAAUAGAACCCACCAUGUUUCCAUUUCAGGAAUAGAACCCACUAUGUUUCAGUUUUAGGGAAAAUAACCCACCAUGUUUCCAUUUUAGGGAAUAGAACCCACCAUGUUUCCAUUUUAGGGAAUAGAACCCACCAUGUUUCUAUUUUAGGGAAUAGAACCCACCAUGUUUCCAUUAAGGAAUAGAACCCACCAUGUUUCCAUUUAAAGAAUAGAACUCACCAGGAUUCCAUUUUAGGGAAUAGAACUCACCAUGUUUCCAUCUUAGGGAAUAGAACCCACCAUGUUUCCAUUGUAGGGAAUAGAACCCACCAUGUUUCCAUUGUAGGGAAUAGAACCCACCAUGUUUCCAUUGUAGGGAAUAGAACCCACCAUGUUUCCAUUUUAGGGAAUAAAACCCACCAUGUUUGGUUGUAUUUUAGGGAAUAGAACCCACUAUGUUUCAAGGGAAAAUAACCCACCAUGUUUCUAUUUUAGGGAAUAGAACCCACCAUGUUUCCAUUUUAGGAAUAGAUCCCACCAUGUUUCCAUUUUAGGGAAUAGAACCCACCAUGUUUCUAUUUUAGGGACUAGAACCCACCAUGUUUCCAUUAAGGAAUAGAACCCACCAUGUUUCCAUUUAAAGAACACCACCAUUUAGGGAAUAGAACCACCAUGUUUCCAUCUUAGGGAAUAGAACCCACCAUGUUUCCAAGGGAAUAGAACCCACCAUGUUUCCAUUGUAGGGAAUAGAACCCACCAUGUUUCCAUUGUAGGGAAUAGAACCCACCAUGUUUCCAUUUUAGGGAAUAAAACCCACCAUGUUUGGUUGUAUUUUAGGGAAUUGAACCCACCAUGUUUCCAUUUUAGGGAAUAGAACCCACCAUGUUUCCAUUUUAGGGAAUAGAACAUACCAUGUUUCCAUUUUAGAGAAUAGAACCCACCAUGUUUGCAUUUUAGGGAAUUGAACCCACCAUGUUUCCAUUUUAGGGAAUAUAACCCACCAUGUUUCCAUUUUAUGGAAUAGAACACACCAUGUUUCCAUUUUAUGGAAUAGAACACACCAUGUUUCCAUUUUAGGAAAUAGAACCCACCAUGUUUCCAUUUAAGGAAUAUAACACACCAUGUUUCCAUCUUAGGGAAUAGAACCCACCAUAUUUCUGUUUUAGGGAAUAGAACCCACCAUGUUUCCAUUUUAGGCAAUAGAUCCCACCAUUUUUCCAUUUUAGGGAAUAGAACCCACCAUGUUUCCAUUUUAGGGAAUAGAACUCACCAUGUUUGCAUUUUAGGGAAUAGAUCCCACCAUGUUUCCAUUUUAGGGAAUAGAACCCACCAUGUUUCCAUUUAAGGAAUAUAAUCCACUAUGUUUCUGUUUUAGGGAGUAGAACUCACCAUGUUUCCAUCUUAGGGAAUAGAACCCACAAUGUUUCCAUUUUAUGGAAUGUAACCCACCAUGUUUCUGUUUUAGGGAAUAGAAUCCACCAUGUUUCCAUUUUAAGGAAUAGAACCCACCAUGUUUCCAUGUAAGGAAAAUAACCCACCAUGUUUCCAUUUUAGGUAAAGGAACCCACCUUAUUUCCAUAUAAGGAAUAGAACCCGUCAUGUUUCCAUUUUAGGGAAUAUAACUCACCAUGUUUCCAUUAUAGGGAAUAGAGCUCACCAUGUUUCCAUUUUAUGGAAUAUAUCUCAACAUGUUUCCAUUUUAGGGAAUAGAAUCCACCAUGUUUCCAUUUUAGGGAAUAUAUCCCACCAUGUUUCUAUUUUUUGGAAUAGAUCCCACCACGUUUCCCUUUUAGGGAGUAGAACCUGCCAUGUUUCCAUUUUACGGAAAAUAACAAACCAUGUUUCCAGUUUAGGGAAUAGAACCUGCCAUGUUUCCAUUUAAGGAAUAGAACCCACCAUGUUUCCAUUUUAGGGAAUAGAACCCACCAUGUUUCCAUUUCAGGAAUAGAACCCACUAUGUUUCAGUUUUAGGGAAAAUAACCCACCAUGUUUCCAUUUUAGGGAAUAGAACCCACCAUGUUUCCAUUUUAGGGAAUAGAUCCCACCAUGUUUCCAUUUUAGGGAAUAGAACCCACCAUGUUUCUAUUUUAGGGACUAGAACCCACCAUGUUUCCAUUAAGGAAUAGAACCCACCAUGUUUCCAUUUAAAGAAUAGAACUCACCAGGAUUCCAUUUUAGGGAAUAGAACUCACCAUGUUUCCAUCUUAGGGAAUAGAACUCACCAUGUUUCCAUCUUAGGGAAUAGAACCCACCAUGUUUCCAUUGCAGGGAAUAGAACCCACCAUGUUUCCAUUGUAGGGAAUAGAACCCAACAUGUUUCCAUUUUAGGGAAUAAAACCCACCAUGUUUGGUUGUAUUUUAGGGAAUUGAACCCACCAUGUUUCCAUUUUAGGGAAUAGAACCCACCAUGUUUCCAUUUUAGGGAAUAGAACCCAUCAUGUUUCCAUUUUAGAGAAUAGAACCCACCAUGUUUGCAUUUUAGGGAAUUGAACCCACCAUGUUUCCAUUUUAGGGAAUAUAACCCACCAUGUUUCCAUUUUAUGGAAUAGAACACACCAUGUUUCCAUUUUAUGGAAUAGAACACACCAUGUUUCCAUUUUAGGAAAUAGAACCCACCAUGUUUCCAUUUAAGGAAUAUAACCCACCAUGUUUCCAUCUUAGGGAAUAGAACCCACCAUAUUUCCAUUUUAGGCAAUAGAUCCCACCAUUUUUGCAUUUUAGGGAAUAGAACCCACCAUGUUUCCAUUUUAGGGAAUAGAACCCACCAUGUUUCUAUUUUAGGGACUAGAACCCACCAUGUUUCCAUUAAGGAAUAGAACCCACCAUGUUUCCAUUUAAGGAAUAUAACUCACCAGGAUUCCAUUUUAGGGAAUAGAACUCACCAUGUUUCCAUCUUAGGGAAUAUAACCCACCAUGUUUCCAUUUUAGGGAAUAGAACCCACCAUGUUUCCAGUUUAGGGAAUAGAACCCACCAUGUUUCCAUUGUAGGGAAUAGAACCCACCAUGUUUCCAUUUUAGGGAGUAGAACCCACCAUGUUUCCAUUUUAGGGAAUAGAACCCACAAUGUUUGGUUGUAGUUUAGGGAAUUGAACCCACCAUGUUUCUAGUUUAGGGAAUAUAACCCACCAUGUUUCCAUUUUAGGGAAUAGAACCCACCAUGUUUCUAUUUUAGGGACUAGAACCCACCAUGUUUCCAUUAAGGAAUAGAACCCACCAUGUUUCCAUUUAAGGAAUAGAACUCACCUGGAUUCCAUUUUAGGGAAUAUAACUCACCAUGUUUCCAUCUUAGGGAAUAUAACUCACCAUGUUUCCAUUGUAGGGAAUAGAACCGACCAUGUUUCCAUUGUAGGGAAUAGAACCCACCAUGUUUCCAGUUUAGGGAAUAGAACCCACCAUGUUUCCAUUGUAGGGAAUAGAACCCACCAUGUUUCCAUUUUAGGGAAUAGAACCCACCAUGUUUGGUUGUAUUUUAGGGAAUUGAACACAUCAUGUUUCCAGUUUAGGGAAUAUAACCCACCAUGUUUCCAUUUUAGGGAAUAGAACCCACCAUGUUUGCAUUUUAGGGAAUUGAACCCACCAUGUUUCCAUUUUAGGGAAUAUAACCCACCAUGUUUCCAUUUUAUGGAAUAGAACCCACCAUGUUUCCAUUUUAGGGAAUAGAACCCACCAUGUUUCCAUCUUAGGGAAUAGAACCCACCAUGUUUCUGUUUUAGGGAAUAGAACCGACCAUGUUUCCAUUUUAGGGAAUAGAUCCCACCAUUUUUCAAUUUUAGGGAAUAGAACCCACCAUGUUUCCAUUUUAGGGAAUAUAACUCACCAUGUUUCCAUCUUACGAAAUAUAACCCACCAUGUUUCCAUUGUAGGGAAUUGAACCCACCAUGUUUCCAUUUUAGGGAAUAGAACCCACCAUGUUUCCAGUUUAGGGAAUAGAACCCACCAUGUUUCCAUUGUAGGGAAUAGAACCCACCAUGUUUGGUUGUAUUUUAGGGAAUUGAACCCACCAUGUUUCCAUGUUAGGGAAUAUAACCCACCAUGUUUCCAUUUUAGGGAAUAGAACCCACCAUGUUUCCAUUUUAGGGAAUAGAACCCACCAUGUUUGCAUUUUAAGGAAUUGAACCCACCAUGUUUCCAUUUUAGGGAAUAUAACCCACCAUGUUUCCAUUUUAUGGAAUAGAACCCACCAUGUUUCCAUUUUAGGGAAUAGAACCCACCAUGUUUUCAUUUAAGGAAUAGAACCCACCAUGUUUCCAUCUUAGGGAAUAGAACCCACCAUGUUUCUGUUUUAGGAAAUAGAACCCACCAUGUUUCCAUUUUAGGGAAUAGAACUCACCAUGUUUCCGUUUUAGGGAGUAGAACCCACCAUGUUUCCAUUUAAGGAAUAGAACCCACCAUGUUUCCAUUUUAGGGAAUAGAACCCACCAUGUUUCCAUUUCAGGAAUAGAACCCACCAUGUUUCCGUUUUAGGGAAAAUAACCCACCAUGUUUACAUUUUAGGGAAUAGAACCCACCAUGUUUCCAUUAAGGAAUAUAACCCACCAUGUUUCCAUUUAAGGAAUAGAAAUCACCAGGUUUCCAUUUUUGGGAAUAUAACUCACUAUGUUUCCAUUUUAGGGAAUAUAACCCACCAUGUUUCCAUUUUAGGGAAUAUAACUCACCAUGUUUCCGUUUUAGGGAAUAGAACCCACCAUGUUUCCAUCUUAGGGAAUAGAACCCACCAUGUUCCAUUUAAGUAAUAUAACCCACCAUGUUUCCAUUUUAGGUAAAGGAACCCACCAUAUUUCCAUAUAAGGUAUUGAACCCAUCGUGUUUCCAUCUUAGGGAAUAGAACCCACCAUGUUUUCAUUUUAGAGAAUAUAAUUCACCAUGUUUCCAUUUUAGGGAAUAGAACCCACCAUGUUUCCAUUUUAGGGAAUAGAUCCCACCAUGUUUCUAUUUUUUGGAAUAGAUCCCACCAUGUUUCCCUUGUAGGGAAUAGAACCUGCCAUGUUUCCAUUUUAGGGAAUAGAACCCAUCAUGUUUCCAUUUUAUGGAAUAGAACUCACCAUGUUUCCGUUUUAGGGAGUAGAACCCACCAUGUUUCCAUUUUAUGGAAUAGAACUCACCAUGUUUCCGUUUUAGGGAGUAGAACCCACCAUGUUUCCAUUUAAGGAAUAGAACCCACCAUGUUUCCAUUUUAGGGAAUAGAACCCACCAUGUUUCCAUUUAAGGAAUAGAACCCACCAUGUUUCCAUUUUAGGGAAUAUAACUCACCAUGAUUCCAUCUUAGGGAAUAUAACCCACCAUGUUUCCAUUGUAGGGAAUUGAACCCAGCAUGUUUCCAUUUUAGGGAAUAGAACCCACCAUGUUUCCAGUUUAGGGAAUAGAACCCACCAUGUUUCCAUUGUAGGGUAUAGAACCCACCAUGUUUGGUUGUAUUUUAGGGAAUUGAACCCACCAUGUUUCCAUUAAGGAAUAGAACCCACCAUGUUUCCAUUUAAGGAAUAGAACUCACCAGGAUUCCAUUUUAGGGAAUAUAACUCACCAUGUUUCCAUCUUAGGAAAUAGAACCCACCAUGUUUCCAUUUGAGGGAAUAUAACUCACCAUGUUUCCAUUUUAGGUAAUAGAACCCACCAUGUUUCUAUUAAGCAAGAGAACCCAUCAUGUUUCCAUUUUAGGGAAUCAAACCCACCAUGUUUCCAUUUUAGGGAAUAGAUCCCACCAUGUCUCCAUUUUAGGGAAGAGAACCCACCAUGUUUCCAUUGUAGGGAAUAGAACCCGCCAUGUUUCCAUCUUAGGGAAUAUAACCCAUCAUAUUUGCAUUUUAGAGAAUAGAUCCCACCAUGUUUCCAUUUUAGGGAAUAGAACCCACCAUGUUUCCAUUUAAGGAAUAUAAUCCACUAUGUUUCUGUUUUAGGGAAUAGAACUCACCAUGUUUCCAUCUUAGGGAAUAGAACCCACAAUGUUUCCAUUUUAUGGAAUGUAACCCACCAUGUUUCUGUUUUAGGGAAUAGAAUCCACCAUGUUUCCAUUUUAAGGAAUAGAACCCACCAUGUUUCCAUGUAAGGAAAAUAACCCACCAUGUUUCCAUUUUAGGUAAAGGAACCCACCUUAUUUCCAUAUAAGGAAUAGAACCCGUCAUGUUUCCAUUUUAGGGAAUAUAACUCACCAUGUUUCCAUUUUAGGGAAUAGAGCUCACCAUGUUUCCAUUUUAUGGAAUAUAUCUCAACAUGUUUCCAUUUUAGGGAAUAGAAUCCACCAUGUUUCCAUUUUAGGGAAUAUAUCCCACCAUGUUUCCAUUUAAGGAAUAGAACCCACCAUGUUUCCAUUUUAGGGAAAAUAACAAACCAUGUUUCCAGUUUAGGGAAUAGAACCUGCCAUGUUUCCAUUUUAGGAAAUAGAACCCACCAUGUUUCCAUUUUAGGGAAUAGAACUCACCAUGUUUCCGUUUUAGGGAGUAGAACCCACCAUGUUUCCAUUUAAGGAAUAGAACCCACCAUGUUUCCAUUUUAGGGAAUAUAACCCACCAUGUUUCCAUUUCAGGAAUAGAACCCACUAUGUUUCAGUUUUAGGGAAAAUAACCCACCAUGUUUCCAUUUUAGGGAAUAGAACCCACCAUGUUUCCAUUUUAGGGAAUAGAUCCCACCAUGUUUCCAUUUUAGGGAAUAGAACCCACCAUGUUUCUAUUUUAGGGACUAGAACCCACCAUGUUUCCAUUAAGGAAUAGAACCCACCAUGUUUCCAUUUAAAGAAUAGAACUCACCAGGAUUCCAUUUUAGGGAAUAGAACUCACCAUGUUUCCAUCUUAGGGAAUAGAAUCCACCAUGUUUCCAUUUUAGGGAAUAUAUCCCACCAUGUUUCUAUUUUUUGGAAUAGAUCCCACCAUGUUUCCCUUUUAGGGAGUAGAACCUGCCAUGUUUCCAUUUUACGGAAAAUAACAAACCAUGUUUCCAGUUUAGGGAAUAGAACCUGCCAUGUUUCCAUUUUAGGAAAUAGAACCCACCAUGUUUCCAUUUUAGGGAAUAGAACUCACCAUGUUUCCGUUUUAAGGAGUAGAACCCACCAUGUUUCCAUUUAAGGAAUAGAACCCACCAUGUUUCCAUUUUAGGGAAUAGAACCCACCAUGUUUCCAUUUCAGGAAUAGAACCCACUAUGUUUCAGUUUUAGGGAAAAUAACCCACCAUGUUUCCAUUUUAGGGAAUAGAACCCACCAUGUUUCCAUUUUAGGGAAUAGAUCCCACCAUGUUUCCAUUUUAGGGAAUAGAACCCACCAUGUUUCUAUUUUAGGGACUAGAACCCACCAUGUUUCCAUUAAGGAAUAGAACCCACCAUGUUUCCAUUUUAAAGAAUAGAACUCACCAGGAUUCCAUUUUAGGGAAUAGAACUCACCAUGUUUCCAUCUUAGGGAAUAGAACCCACCAUGUUUCCAUUGUAGGGAAUAGAACCCACCAUGUUUCCAUUGUAGGGAAUAGAACCCACCAUGUUUCCAUUUUAGGGAAUAAAACCCACCAUGUUUGGUUGUAUUUUAGGGAAUUGAACCCACCAUGUUUCCAUUUUAGGGAAUAGAACCCACCAUGUUUCCAUUUUAGGGAAUAGAACCCACCAUGUUUCCAUUUUAGAGAAUAGAACCCACCAUGUUUGCAUUUUAGGGAAUUGAACCCACCAUGUUUCCAUUUUAGGGAAUAUAACCCACCAUGUUUCCAUUUUAUGGAAUAGAACACACCAUGUUUCCAUUUUAUGGAAUAGAACACACCAUGUUUCCAUUUUAGGAAAUAGAACCCACCAUGUUUUCAUUUAAGGAAUAUAACCCACCAUGUUUCCAUCUUAGGGAAUAGAACCCACCAUAUUUCUGUUUUAGGGAAUAGAACCCACCAUGUUUCCAUUUUAGGCAAUAGAUCCCACCAUUUUUCCAUUUUAGGGAAUAGAACCCACCAUGUUUCCAUUUUAGGGAAUAGAACCCACCAUGUUUCUAUUUUAGGGACUAGAACCCACCAUGUUUCCAUUAAGGAAUAGAACCCACCAUGUUUCCAUUUAAGGAAUAUAACUCACCAGGAUUCCAUUUUAGGGAAUAGAACUCACCAUGUUUCCAUCUUAGGGAAUAUAACCCACCAUGUUUCCAUUUUAGGGAAUAGAACCCACCAUGUUUCCAGUUUAGGGAAUAGAACCCACCAUGUUUCCAUUGUAGGGAAUAGAACUCACCAUGUUUCCAUUUUAGGGAGUAGAACCCACCAUGUUUCCAUUUUAGGGAAUAGAACCCACAAUGUUUGGUUGUAGUUUAGGGAAUUGAACCCACCAUGUUUCUAGUUUAGGGAAUAUAACCCACCAUGUUUCCAUUUUAGGGAAUUGAACCCACCAUGUUUCCAUUUUAGGGAAUAUAACCCACCAUGUUUCCAUUUUAUGGAAUAGAACCCACCAUGUUUCCAUUUUAGGGAAUAGAACCCACCAUGUUUUCAUUUAAGGAAUAGAACCCACCAUGUUUCCAUCUUUGGGAAUAGAACCCACCAUGUUUCUGUUUUAGGGAAUAGAACCCACCAUGUUUCCAUUUUAGGGAAUAGAUCCCACCAUUUUUCCAUUUUAGGGAAUAGAACCCACCAUGUUUCCAUUUUAGGGAAUAGAACCCACCAUGUUUCUAUUUUAGGGACUAGAACCCACCAUGUUUCCAUUAAGGAAUAGAACCCACCAUGUUUCCAUUUAAGGAAUAGAACUCACCAGGAUUCCAUUUUAGGGAAUAUAACUCACCAUGUUUCCAUCUUAGGAAAUAGAACCCACCAUGUUUCCAUUUGAGGGAAUAUAACUCACCAUGUUUCCAUUUUAGGUAAUAGAACCCACCAUGUUUCUAUUAAGCAAGAGAACGCAUCAUGUUUCCAUUUUAGGGAAUCAAACCCACCAUGUUUCCAUUUUAGGGAAUAGAUCCCACCAUGUCUCCAUUUUAGGGAAGAGAACCCACCAUGUUUCCAUUGUAGGGAAUAGAACCCGCCAUGUUUCCAUCUUAGGGAAUAUAACCCAUCAUAUUUGCAUUUUAGGGAAUAGAUCCCACCAUGUUUCCAUUUUAGGGAAUAGAACCCACCAUGUUUCCAUUUAAGGAAUAUAAUCCACUAUGUUUCUGUUUUAGGGAAUAGAACUCACCAUGUUUCCAUCUUAGGGAAUAGAACCCACAAUGUUUCCAUUUUAUGGAAUGUAACCCACCAUGUUUCUGUUUUAGGGAAUAGAAUCCACCAUGUUUCCAUUUUAAGGAAUAGAACCCACCAUGUUUCCAUGUAAGGAAAAUAACCCACCAUGUUUCCAUUUUAUGGAAUGUAACCCACCAUGUUUCUGUUUUAGGGAAUAGAAUCCACCAUGUUUCCAUUUUAAGGAAUAGAACCCACCAUGUUUCCAUGUAAGGAAAAUAACCCACCAUGUUUCCAUUUUAGGGAAUAGAACCCACCAUGUUUCCAUUUUAGGGAAUAGAACCCACCAUGUUUCUAUUUUAGGUACUAGAACCCACCAUGUUUCCAUUAAGGAAUAGAACCCACCAUGUUUCCAUUUAAGGAAUAUAACUCACCAGGAUUACAUUUUAGGGAAUAGAACUCACCAUGUUUCCAUCUUAGGGAAUAUAACCCACCAUGUUUCCAUUUUAGGGAAUAGAACACACCAUGUUUCCAGUUUAGGGAAUAGAACCCACCAUGUUUCCAUUGUAGGGAAUAGAACCCACCAUGUUUCCAUUUUAGGGAGUAGAACCCACCAUGUUUCCAUUUUAGGGAAUAGAACCCACAAUGUUUGGUUGUAGUUUAGGGAAUUGAACCCACCAUGUUUCUAGUUUAGGGAAUAUAACCCACCAUGUUUCCAUUUUAGGGAAUAGAACCCACCAUGUUUCCAUUUAAGGAAUAUAAUCCACUAUGUUUCUGUUUUAGGGAAUAGAACUCACCAUGUUUCCAUCUUAGGGAAUGUAACCCACCAUGUUUCUGUUUUAGGGAAUAGAAUCCACCAUGUUUCCAUUUUAAGGAAUAGAACCCACCAUGUUUCCAUUUUAUGGAAUGUAACUCACCAUGUUUCCAUCUUAGGGAAUAGAACCCACAAUGUUUCCAUUUUAUGGAAUGUAACCCACCAUGUUUCUGUUUUAGGGAAUAGAAUCCACCAUGUUUCCAUUUUAAGGAAUAGAACCCACCAUGUUUCCAUGUAAGGAAAAUAACCCACCAUGUUUCCAUUUUAGGUAAAGGAACCCACCUUAUUUCCAUAUAAGGAAUAGAACCCGUCAUGUUUCCAUUUUAGGGAAUAUAACUCACCAUGUUUCCAUUUUAGGGAAUAGAGCUCACCAUGUUUCCAUUUUAUGGAAUAUAUCUCAACAUGUUUCCAUUUUAGGGAAUAGAAUCCACCAUGUUUCCAUUUUAGGGAAUAUAUCCCACCAUGUUUCUAUUUUUUGGAAUAGAUCCCACCACGUUUCCCUUUUAGGGAGUAGAACCUGCCAUGUUUCCAUUUUACGGAAAAUAACAAACCAUGUUUCCAGUUUAGGGAAUAGAACCUGCCAUGUUUCCAUUUUAGGAAAUAGAACCCACCAUGUUUCCAUUUUAGGGAACAGAACUCACCAUGUUUCCGUUUUAGGGAGUAGAACCCACCAUGUUUCCAUUUAAGGAAUAGAACCCACCAUGUUUCCAUUUUAGGGAAUAGAACCCACCAUGUUUCCAUUUCAGGAAUAGAACCCACUAUGUUUCAGUUUUAGGGAAAAUAACCCACCAUGUUUCCAUUUUAGGGAAUAGAACCCACCAUGUUUCCAUUUUAGGGAAUAGAUCCCACCAUGUUUCCAUUUUAGGGAAUAGAACCCACCAUGUUUCUAUUUUAGGGACUAGAACCCACCAUGUUUCCAUUAAGGAAUAGAACCCACCAUGUUUCCAUUUAAAGAAUAGAACUCACCAGGAUUCCAUUUUAGGGAAUAGAACUCACCAUGUUUCCAUCUUAGGGAAUAGAACCCACCAUGUUUCCAUUGUAGGGAAUAGAACCCACCAUGUUUCCAUUGUAGGGAAUAGAACCCACCAUGUUUCCAUUUUAGGGAAUAAAACACACCAUGUUUGGUUGUAUUUUAGGGAAUUGAACCCACCAUGUUUCCAUUUUAGGGAAUAGAACCUGCCAUGUUUCCAUUUAAGGAAUAGAACCCACCAUGUUUCCAUUUUAGGGAAUAGAACCCACCAUGUUUCCAUUUCAGGAAUAGAACCCACCAUGUUUCAGUUUUAGGGAAAAUAACCCACCAUGUUUCCAUUUUAGGGAAUAGAACCCACCAUGUUUCCAUUUUAGGGAAUAGAUCCCACCAUGUUUCCAUUUUAGGGAAUAGAACCCACCAUGUUUCUAUUUUAGGGACUAGAACCCACCAUGUUUCCAUUAAGGAAUAGAACCCACCAUGUUUCCAGUUAAAGAAUAGAACUCACCAGGAUUCCAUUUUAGGGAAUAGAACUCACCAUGUUUCCAUCUUAGGGAAUAGAACCCACCAUGUUUCCAUUGUAGGGAAUAGAACCCACCAUGUUUCCAUUGUAGGGAAUAGAACCCACCAUGUUUCCAUUUUAGGGAAUAAAACACACCAUGUUUGGUUGUAUUUUAGGGAAUUGAACCCACCAUGUUUCCAUUUUAGGGAAUAGAACCUGCCAUGUUUCCAUUUAAGGAAUAGAACCCACCAUGUUUCCAUUUUAGGGAAUAGAACCCACCAUGUUUCCAUUUCAGGAAUAGAACCCACUAUGUUUCAGUUUUAGGGAAAAUAACCCACCAUGUUUCCAUUUUAGGGAAUAGAACCCACCAUGUUUCCAUUUUAGGGAAUAGAUCCCACCAUGUUUCCAUUUUAGGGAAUAGAACCCACCAUGUUUCCAUUGUAGGGAAUAGAACCCACCAUGUUUCCAUUUUAGGGAAUAAAACCCACCAUGUUUGGUUGUAUUUUAGGGAAUAGAUCCCACCAUGUUUCCAUUUUAGGGAAUAGAACCCACCAUGUUUCCAUUGUAGGGAAUAGAACCCACCAUGUUUCCAUUUUAGGGAAUAAAACCCACCAUGUUUGGUUGUAUUUUAGGGAAUUGAACCCACCAUGUUUCCAUUUUAGGGAAUAGAACCCACCAUGUUUCUAUUUUAGGGACUAGAACCCACCAUGUUUCCAUUAAGGAAUAGAACCCACCAUGUUUCCAUUUAAAGAAUAGAACUCACCAGGAUUCCAUUUUAGGGAAUAGAACUCACCAUGUUUCCAUCUUAGGGAAUAGAACUCACCAUGUUUCCAUCUUAGGGAAUAGAACCCACCAUGUUUCCAUUGCAGGGAAUAGAACCCACCAUGUUUCCAUUGUAGGGAAUAGAACCCAACAUGUUUCCAUUUUAGGGAAUAAAACCCACCAUGUUUGGUUGUAUUUUAGGGAAUUGAACCCACCAUGUUUCCAUUUUAGGGAAUAGAACCCACCAUGUUUCCAUUUUAGGGAAUAGAACCCAUCAUGUUUCCAUUUUAGAGAAUAGAACCCACCAUGUUUGCAUUUUAGGGAAUUGAACCCACCAUGUUUCCAUUUUAGGGAAUAUAACCCACCAUGUUUCCAUUUUAUGGAAUAGAACACACCAUGUUUCCAUUUUAUGGAAUAGAACACACCAUGUUUCCAUUUUAGGAAAUAGAACCCACCAUGUUUCCAUUUAAGGAAUAUAACCCACCAUGUUUCCAUCUUAGGGAAUAGAACCCACCAUAUUUCCAUUUUAGGCAAUAGAUCCCACCAUUUUUCCAUUUUAGGGAAUAGAACCCACCAUGUUUCCAUUUUAGGGAAUAGAACCCACCAUGUUUCUAUUUUAGGUACUAGAACCCACCAUGUUUCCAUUAAGGAAUAGAACCCACCAUGUUUCCAUUUAAGGAAUAUAACUCACCAGGAUUACAUUUUAGGGAAUAGAACUCACCAUGUUUCCAUCUUAGGGAAUAUAACCCACCAUGUUUCCAUUUUAGGGAAUAGAACACACCAUGUUUCCAGUUUAGGGAAUAGAACCCACCAUGUUUCCAUUGUAGGGAAUAGAACCCACCAUGUUUCCAUUUUAGGGAGUAGAACCCACCAUGUUUCCAUUUUAGGGAAUAGAACCCACAAUGUUUGGUUGUAGUUUAGGGAAUUGAACCCACCAUGUUUCUAGUUUAGGGAAUAUAACUCACCAUGUUUCCAUUUUAGGGAAUAGAACCCACCAUGUUUCUAUUUUAGGGACUAGAACCCACCAUGUUUCCAUUAAGGAAUAGAACCCACCAUGUUUCCAUUUAAGGAAUAGAACUCACCAGGAUUCCAUUUUAGGGAAUAUAACUCACCAUGUUUCCAUCUUAGGGAAUAUAACUCACCAUGUUUCCAUUGUAGGGAAUAGAACCGACCAUGUUUCCAUUGUAGGGAAUAGAACCCACCAUGUUUCCAGUUUAGGGAAUAGAACCCACCAUGUUUCCAUUGUAGGGAAUAGAACCCACCAUGUUUCCAUUUUAGGGAAUAGAACCCACCAUGUUUGGUUGUAUUUUAGGGAAUUGAACACAUCAUGUUUCCAGUUUAGUGAAUAUAACCCACCAUGUUUCCAUUUUAGGGAAUAGAACCCACCAUGUUUGCAUUUUAGGGAAUUGAACCCACCAUGUUUCCAUUUUAGGGAAUAUAACCCACCAUGUUUCCAUUUUAUGGAAUAGAACCCACCAUGUUUCCAUUUUAGGGAAUAGAACCCACCAUGUUUCCAUCUUAUGGAAUAGAACCCACCAUGUUUCUGUUUUAGGGAAUAGAACCGACAAUGUUUCCAUUUUAGGGAAUAGAUCCCACCAUUUUUCCAUUUUAGGGAAUAGAACCCACCAUGUUUCCAUUUUAGGGAAUAUAACUCACCAUGUUUCCAUCUUACGAAAUAUAACCCACCAUGUUUCCAUUGUAGGGAAUUGAACCCACCAUGUUUCCAUUUUAGGGAAUAGAACCCACCAUGUUUCCAGUUUAGGGAAUAGAACCCACCAUGUUUCCAUUGUAGGGAAUAGAACCCACCAUGUUUGGUUGUAUUUUAGGGAAUUGAACCCACCAUGUUUCCAUGUUAGGGAAUAUAACCCACCAUGUUUCCAUUUUAGGGAAUAGAACCCACCAUGUUUCCAUUUUAUGGAAUAGAACCCACCAUGUUUGCAUUUUAAGGAAUUGAACCCACCAUGUUUCCAUUUUAGGGAAUAUAACCCACCAUGUUUCCAUUUUAUGGAAUAGAACCCACCAUGUUUCCAUUUUAGGGAAUAGAACCCACCAUGUUUUCAUUUAAGGAAUAGAACCCACCAUGUUUCCAUCUUAGGGAAUAGAACCCACCAUGUUUCUGUUUUAGGAAAUAGAACCCACCAUGUUUCCAUUUUAGGGAAUAGAACUCACCAUGUUUCCGUUUUAGGGAGUAGAACCCACCAUGUUUCCAUUUAAGGAAUAGAACCCACCAUGUUUCCAUUUUAGGGAAUAGAACCCACCAUGUUUCCAUUUCAGGAAUAGAACCCACCAUGUUUCCGUUUUAGGGAAAAUAACCCACCAUGUUUACAUUUUAGGGAAUAGAACCCACCAUGUUUCCAUUAAGGAAUAUAACCCACCAUGUUUCCAUUUAAGGAAUAGAAAUCACCAGGUUUCCAUUUUUGGGAAUAUAACUCACUAUGUUUCCAUUUUAGGGAAUAUAACCCACCAUGUUUCCAUUUUAGGGAAUAUAACUCACCAUGUUUCCGUUUUAGGGAAUAGAACCCACCAUGUUUCCAUCUUAGGGAAUAGAACCCACCAUGUUCCAUUUAAGUAAUAUAACCCACCAUGUUUCCAUUUUAGGUAAAGGAACCCACCAUAUUUCCAUAUAAGGUAUUGAACCCAUCGUGUUUCCAUCUUAGGGAAUAGAACCCACCAUGUUUUCAUUUUAGAGAAUAUAAUUCACCAUGUUUCCAUUUUAGGGAAUAGAACCCACCUUGUUUCCAUUUUAGGGAAUAGAUCCCACCAUGUUUCUAUUUUUUGGAAUAGAUCCCACCAUGUUUCCCUUGUAGGGAAUAGAACCUGCCAUGUUUCCAUUUUAGGGAAUAGAACCCAUCAUGUUUCCAUUUUAUGGAAUAGAACUCACCAUGUUUCCGUUUUAGGGAGUAGAACCCACCAUGUUUCCAUUUUAUGGAAUAGAACUCACCAUGUUUCCGUUUUAGGGAGUAGAACCCACCAUGUUUCCAUUUAAGGAAUAGAACCCACCAUGUUUCCAUUUUAGGGAAUAGAACCCACCAUGUUUCCAUUUCAGGAAUAGAACCCACUAUGUUUCAGUGUUUUUCCAUUUUAGGGAAUAGAACCCACCAUGUUUCCAUUUUAGGGAAUAUAACUCACCAUGUUUCCAUCUUAGGGAAUAUAACCCACCAUGUUUCCAUUGUAGGGAAUUGAACCCACCAUGUUUCCAUUUUAGGGAAUAGAACCCACCAUGUUUCCAGUUUAGGGAAUAGAACCCACCAUGUUUCCAUUGUAGGGAAUAGAACCCACCAUGUUUGGUUGUAUUUUAGGGAAUUGAACCCACCAUGUUUCCAUGUUAGGGAAUAUAACCCACCAUGUUUCCAUUUUAGGGAAUAGAACCCAUCAUGUUUCCAUUUUAGGGAAUAGAACCCACCAUGUUUGCAUUUUAGGGAAUUGAACCCACCAUGUUUCCAUUUUAGGGAAUAUAACCCACCAUGUUUCCAUUUUAUGGAAUAGAACCCACCAUGUUUCCAUUUUAGGGAAUAGAACCCACCAUGUUUUCAUUUAAGGAAUAGAACCCACCAUGUUUCCAUCUUAGGGAAUAGAACCCACCAUUUUUCUGUUUUAGGAAAUAGAACCCACCAUGUUUCCAUUUUAGGGAAUAGAACUCACCAUGUUUCCGUUUUAGGGAGUAGAACCCACCAUGUUUCCAUUUAAGGAAUAGAACCCACCAUGUUUCCAUUUUAGGGAAUAGAACCCACCAUCUUUCCAUUUCAGGAAUAGAACCCACCAUGUUUCCGUUUUAGGGAAAAUAACCCACCAUGUUUACAUUUUAGGGAAUAGAACCCACCAUGUUUCCAUUAAGGAAUAUAACCCACCAUAUUUCCAUUUAAGGAAUAGAACUCACCAGGUUUCCAUUUUUGGGAAUAUAACACACCAUGUUUCCAUUUUAGGGAAUAUAACUCACCAUGUUUCCGUUUUAGGGAAUAGAACCCACCAUGUUUCCAUCUUAGGGAAUAGAACCCACCAUGUUCCAUUUAAGUAACAGAACCCACCAUGUUUCCAUUUUAGGUAAAGGAACCCACCAUAUUUCCAUAUAAGGUAUAGAACCCAUCGUGUUUCCAUCUUAGGGAAUAAAACCCACCAUGUUUUCAUUUUAGAGAAUAUAAUUCACCAUGUUUCCAUUUUAGGGAAUAGAACCCACCAUGUUUCCAUUUUAGGGAAUAGAUCCCACCAUGUUUCCCUUGUAGGGAAUAGAACCUGCCAUGUUUCCAUUUUAGGGAAUAGAACCCACCAUGUUUCCAUUUUAUGGAAUAGAACUCACCAUGUUUCCGUUUUAGGAAGUAGAACCCACCAUGUUUCCAUUUUAUGGAAUAGAACUCACCAUGUUUCUGUUUUAGGGAGUAGAACCCACCAUGUUUCCAUUUAAGGAAUAGAACCCACCAUGUUUCCAUUUUAGGGAAUAGAACCCACCAUGUUUCCAUUUAAGGAAUAGAACCCACCAUGUUUCCGUUUUAGGGAAAAUAACCCACCAUGUUUCCAUUUUAGGGAAUAGAACCCACCAUGUUUCCAUUAAGGAAUAUAACCCACCAUGUUUCCAUUUAAGGAAUAUAACUCACCAGGUUUCCAUUUUAGGGAAUAUAACUCACUGUGUUCCCAUUUUAGGGAAUAUAACCCACCAUGUUUCCAUUUUAGGGAAUAUAACUCACCAUGUUUCUAUCUUAGGGGAUAGAACUCACCAUGUUUAAAUUUUAGGGAAUAUAACUCACCAUGUUUCCAUUUUUGGCAAUAGAACCCACCAUGUUUCUAUUAAGCAAUAUAACCCACCAUGUUUUCAUUUUAGAGAAUAGAACCCACCAUGUUUCCAUUUUAGGGAACAGAUCCCACUGUAUUUCCAUUUUAGGGAAGAGAACCCACCAUGUUUCCAUUUUAGGGAAUAGAUCCCACCAUGUUUCCAUUUUAUGGAAUAGAACCCACCAUGUUUGCAUUUUAGGGAAUAUAACUCACCUUGUUUCCAUUGUAGGGAAUAGAACCCGCCAUGUUUCCAUCUCAGGGAAUAUAACCCACCAUAUUUGCAUUUUAGGGAAUAGAUACCACCAUGUUUCCAUUUUAGGAAAUAGAACCCAUCAUGUUUCCAUUUAAGGAAUAUAAUCCACCAUGUUUCUGUUUUAUGGAAUAGAACCCACCAUGUUUCCGUUUUAGGGAAUAGAACCCACCAUGUUUCCAUUUUAUGGAAUAUAACCCACCAUAUUUCCAUUUUAGGGAAUAUAACCCACCAUGUUUGUUUGCAUUUUAGGGAAUAGAUCCGACCAUGUUUCCGUUUUAGGGAAUAUAUCCCACCAUGUUUCCAUUUUAGGGAAUAGAACCCACCAUUUUUCCAUUUAAGGAAGAGAACUCACCAUGUUUAAAUUUUAGGGAAUAUAACUCACCAUGUUUCCAUUUUAGGGAAUAUAACCCACCAUGUUUGCAUUUUAUGGAAUAUAACCCACCAUUUUUCAAUUUUAGGGAAUAGAAACCACCAUGUUCCCAUUUAAGGAAUAGAACCCACCAUGUUUCCAUUUUAGGUAAAGGAACCCACCAUAUUUCCAUAUAAAGAAUAGAACCCAUCGUGUUUCCAUUUUAGGGAAUAUAACUCACCAUGUUUCCAUCUUAAGCAAUAGAACCCACCAUGUUUUCAUUUUAGGGAAUAGUACCCGCCAUGUUUCCAUCUUAGGGAAUAUAACACACCAUAUUUGCAUUUUAGGGAAUAGAACCCACCAUAUUUCCAUUUUAGGGAAUAAAACCCACCAUGUUUCCGUUGUAGGAAAUAGAACCCACCAUGUUUCCAUUGUAUUGAUUAUAACCCACCAUGUUUCUGUUUAAGGGAAUAGAUCCCACCAUGUUUCCAUUGUAGGGAAUAGAACCCACCAUGUUUCCAUUUUAGGGAAUAGAACCCACCAUGUUUGCAUUUUAGGAAAUAGAACCCACCAUGUUUCCAGUUUAGGGAAUAGAACCCACCAUGUUACCAUUGUAGGGAAUAGAACCCACCAUGUUUCCAGUUUAGGGAAUAGAACCCACCAUGUUUGAAUUUUAGGGAAUAGAACCCACCAUGUUUCUAUUUGUGCAACCACUGGAAAGUGGGAUAUACUGCCCCUUUAAUUCUAAUGCAAAGAACGAUUGGUACAUUUAUAUGUUAAUUAUUAUUUUAUAUGAUAUUUUAUGGGAGUAUAUGGAAUCCAGGUGAUGAGAAAUAAUAAUUGAUCAACAUACAUGGUCGCUUAACAUAUCGAUGUUAAUGAUAAUUUUUUUCAGCUGUUUCUGGCUUCUUUGUGUUUUGCCUAUUUUGCCAAAGCUUUCUCAGGAAGUUACAUGAAAAGCUCCAUUACUCAGAUUGAGAGACGUUUUGACCUUUCCUCGUCCAUCGUGGGAAUUAUUGAUGGGAGUUUCGAAUUUGGUAAUUUUAUUCUAUAUGGAUUAUUUCACAAACAUUCCCAUUAUACAACCAUUACUAAUCACCAUCCAUUUCUUUUUGCAGGUAAUUUACUAGUGCUAGUGUUGGUCAGUUAUUUUGGAGCCAAAUUUCACCGGCCACGGAUAAUUGCUGGUGGCUGCCUUGUGAUGACAGUAGGAAGUCUGAUGACUGCUUUGCCUCAUUUUUUCAUGGGACCGUAAGUCAUGUCUGUCACAGUGACAAACAGACACAAGUGGCAAACAGAGAUACGCAUAUAUAGACAAAGGGUGUCACAGAGACAAACAUAUACAGACACAAUGAUACACAGAUACAGACACAGUGACAGAGAUACACAUAUGUAGACUAAGUAACAAACAUAGACAUACACAUACUGACAAAUUGAUACACAGAGGCACACAUACAGACACAGUGACAAAUAAAGGUGCACACGGUGAUACACAGAGACAUACAUAUAAAUACAUAGUGACAUAUAUACACACAAUUAAUCACAGAGACAUACAUAUACAGACACAGUGAUACACAGAGACAUACAUUUAAAGACACAGUGACACACAGAAACACAUAUAUACACAGUGAAUCACAGAGACAUACAUAGACAGACACAGUGAUACACAGAGACAUACAUAUAAAGACACAGUGACACACAGAGACACAUAUAUACACAGUGAAUCACAGAGACACACAUAGACAGACACAGUGAUAUACAGAGGUUUACAUAUAAAGACACAGUGACACACAGAGACACAUAUAUACACAGUGAAUCACAGAGACAUACAUAGACAGACACAGUGACACACAGAGACAUACAUAUACAUACAUAGUGAUAUACUGACACAUUGGAAACAGAGAUAUAAGACAAAAUGAGAUGGACACAUAUACAGACACAGUGACAAAAAGCGACAUAUAUACAGUGACAAACAUAUAAUUAUAUACAGACACAGUGAUCUAAUGAUAUGUAUUUAUAUCAGUGAUUUGAGGAAUGUUAUAUGUGUUUUAUUUCAGCUAUAAAUAUGAAGCUGUGAGUUCACAUACUGUGUCACGGAGUAAUGUUUCCCUCAGUUUUUCCCCAUGUCUGGAUAAUCAAACGUUUAUUGAAAACAGCCAAGGAGGUAAUAAGGCUUUCAGUAUCAUGUCUGGGUUAUUUAUUGCCGAUUUAUCUGACUGUAGGAAUAUUAAUAGUGGUAAAUCUGACAAACUCCGUGCUAGAGAACACAACCCCCCCCAUCUCUGAUAACUGUUUGUGGGCCUGUAAGUCCCAAUAUCAGCCAUGGAAACAGUAAAUGGCGGCAGACACCAAUAGUGGACGAGCUCCCCCAUGGCCUAAUGAGGGCAACAUUUAAUGUUUGAUUUGACUUAUCUAUAAACAAGGCCUCUCUUGCCUGGUCAGACAUCAGUCAGUACUUGUGUGCAGCUAGCCAUGUUUAAAGGGAAUUGAGACGGCAGGAAAUAUGGGGCCCGGGGAAAAGCGAGGAAUCAAAAGUUUGUCCUUUAUUACAUUCUCCAACUCCUUCUCUUCCUUAUCCUCUUCUCUUCUUUUUUGUCCAUCUCUCCUUUAUCGUCCUUCUCUAGUUUAUCCUCCUUCUCUUCAUUAUCCUCCUUCUCUUCAUUAUUCUUCUUCUCUCCUUUACCCUACCUGUAACCUAACCUACAUAGUGCACCUUACGUGUGUGGGAGCCUGGAGUGUCCCUUUAAUAAUAUAAACCCACCCAGUAUAACUAACUGUAACCUAACCUACACAGUGCAUCUAACGUGUGUGGGAGCCUGGAGUGUCCCUUUAAUAAUAUAAACUUUCUGUAAAAACCUACACAGUGCAUCUAACGUAGCCUGGAGUGUCCCUUUAAUAAUAUAAACCUACCCACUGUAACCUAACCUACACAGUGCAUCUAACGUGUGUGGGAGCCUGGAGUGUCCCUUUAAUAAUAUAAACCCACCCAGUAUAACUAACUGUAACCUAACCUACACAGUGCAUCUAACGUGUGUGGGAGCCUGGAGUGUCCCUUUAAUAAUAUAAACCCACCCAGUAUAACUAACUGUAACCUAACAUGUGUAGCCUGGAGUGUCCCUUUAAUAAUAUAAACCCACCAGUAUAACUAACUGUAACCUAACCUACACAGUGCACCUAACGUGUGUGGGAGCCUGGAGUGUCCCUUUAAUAAUAUAAACCCACCCAGUAUAACUAACUGUAACCUAACCUACACAGUGCACCUAACGUGUGUGGGAGCCUGGAGUGUCCCUUUAAUAAUAUAAACCCACCCAGUAUAACUAACUGUAACCUAACCUACACAGUGCAUCUAACGUGUGUGGGAGCCUGGAGUGUCCCUUUAAUAAUAUAAACCCACCCAGUAUAACUAACUGUAACCUAACCUACACAGUGCAUCUAACGUGUGUGGGAGCCUGGAGUGUCCCUUUAAUAAUAUAAACCCACCCAGUAUAACUAACUGUAACCUAACCUACACAGUGCACCUAACGUGUGUGGGAGCCUGGAGUGUCCCUUUAAUAAUAUAAACCCACCCAGUAUAACUAACUGUAACCUAACCUGCACAACAGUGCACCUAACAUGUGUGGGAGCCUGGAGUGUCCCUUUAAUAAUAUAAACCCACCCAGUAUAACUAACUGUAACCUAACCUACACAGUGCACCUAACGUGUGUGGGAGCCUGGAGUGUCCCUUUAAUAAUAUAAACUUACCCAGUAUAACUAACUGUAACCUAACCUACACAGUGCAUCUAACGUGUGUGGGAGCCUGGAGUGUGGGUUUAAUAAUAUAAACCCACCCAGUAUAACUAACUGUAACCUAACCUACACAGUGCAUCUAACGUGAGUGGGAGCCUGGAGUGUCCCUUUAAUAAUAUAAACCCACCUAGUAUAACUAACUGUAACCUAACCUACACAGAGCAUCUAACGUGUGUGGGAGCCUGGAGUGUGGGUUUAAUAAUAUAAACCCACCCAGUAUAACUAACUGUAACCUAACCUACACAGUGCACCUAACGUGUGUGGGAGCCUGGAGCCUGGAUAUCCCUUUAAUAAUAUAAACCUUCCCAGUAUAACUAAUUGUAACCUAACCUACACAGUGCAUCUAACGUGUGUGGGAGCCUGGAGUGUCCCUUUAAUAAUAUAAACCUACCCAGUAUAACUGUAACCCAGCCUACACAGUGCAUCUAACGUGUGUGGGUACCUGGAGUGUCCCUUUAAUAAUAUAAACCCACCCAGUAUAACUAACUGUAACCUAACCUACACAGUGUAUCUAACGUGUGUGGGAGCCUGGAGUGUCCCUUUAAUAAUAUAAACCCACCCAGUAUAACUAACUGUAACCUAACCUACACAGUGCAUCUAACGUGUGUGGGAGCCUGGAGUGUCCCUUUAAUAAUAUAAACCCACCCAGUAUAACUAACUGUAACCUAACCUACACAGUGCAUCCUAACGUGUGUGGGAGCCUGGAGUGUCCCUUUAACAAUAUAAACCCACCCAGUAUAAUUAACUGUAUCCUAACCUACACAGUGCAUCUAACAUGUGUAGGAGCCUGGAGUAUCCCUUUAAUAAUAUAAACCCACCCAGUCUAACUAACUGUAACCUAACCUACAGAGUGCAGCUAAUGUGUGUGGGAACCUGGAGCAUCCCUUUAAUAAUAUAAACCCACCCAGGAUAACUGACUGUAACCUAACCUACAGAGUGCAUCUAACGUGUGUAGGAGCCUGGAGCGUUCCUUUAAUAAUAUAAACCCACCAAGUAUAACUAAAUGUAACCUAACCUACACAGUGCACCUAACGUGUGUGGAAGCCCAGAGUGUCCUUUUAAUAAUAUAAACUCACUCAAAAUAACUAACUGUAACCUAACCAACACAGUGCACUGUAGCGGGCCCUGGGUAACCCGGUUGGCUACCCCCGCUGUUAAUGAAGAGAGAGACCCAUUUUCCCCAGUAACUGGACGACACACAGUUCCAAAUGGCCAAAUGCGGCUUUAUUCUUUUCCCCAUGCAAGAGGGUCGUAUAACGGAACUGGAACCCCAGUCCCUUUAUCCCCUGUUCCCGCCACUCAUCCUCAGGGUUUCCCACCUCCGGUGACCAGGGGAUCUUAUGAGCUUCUGUACCUGGGAGUCCCAGCACGGGAAAGUUUCCUGCCUCUGUGACUCCAAGCCACAGAAAGCCCACCAAACCGCCUUGUCCCCAAAGAGUGUCCCCACCAAUCUCAGGGACCCCCAGAAUGGCAACCGUCACAAACUGCCUCUGUUCGCAGGGUCACUGGGUGAAAUCAGGCAAGGGAAGCGUCUCAUUAAUUACUUCCCUUGCGGUUUCAAACUUGUGUUGCAAGUUGCUAACGUUCUAAUUGAUUGGUUUGAACAAUCCAAAGGCACUGGGGAGGUUCUCAUUCGGGAACCAAACAUGGUGGGAAGCAAUCUGCGAAUGCACCCCCUGGACAGUGGUGUAUCCUGGUUUUGUGCUGCCCUAGGCAGGACAAAAAUCAGGCGCUUCCCUCCCCCCUCGCCACCCCCACCCAACCCUUCCCCCCCGCCCCACCUUCUAAAUACACACACACACACAGUCAGACACACACACACACAGUCAGACACACACACACACAAACAGUCAGAUACACACACAGUCAGACACACACACACAGUCAGACACACACACACACACAGACACACAUACACAGUCAGACACACACACACAGACACACAUACACAGUCAGACACAAACACACACACACACAGUCAGACACACACACACAGUCAGACACAAACACACACACACACACACAGUCAGACACACACACACACACAGUCAGUCAGACACACACACACAGUCAGACACAAACACACACACACACAGUCAGACACACACACACAAUCACUCACAUUAACAUUUUUUUUAACCCCCUCCCCCCCCUCCUUACCUUUGGGAAUGCUGGGGGGUUCUCUUUCUCCCUGGGGGUCCAGUGGCUGCCGGUCGGCAGUGGCUGCCGGUCGGGCUGAUGGGCUGGCUACUGGGCGCUGAUGGGCUGGCUACUCGGCUCCCAGCCUCACUCUGCAGUGCGCAAGGGAGCUGAGCAGACAGCUCAGAGGAAGAGCUCCCUCGCCAGCCGCCCGCCCGACCAUCAACCAGCGCCGCCCGCCAGCCCAGCAUGUCAGUUAGCCACAAGGCUAACUAGGCAUUUGCCCUGGGCAUUUGGGGGCGGCAUUUUUUUGCCUUGUUUGCCUCGCGGCUAAUACGUCCCUGCCCCUGGAUGGCGUUUGUCUAACGAACGGGCGCCGAGGCUUCCCUAGUGGUUUGUGAUUUUGACACCUCGUUAAGAGGUGUGAAUGUUCUAAAGCAACAUUCUAAAUGGGGUAUCGGGGUGGUCCCAUUCGGGAAGCAUAGGAAUUCAUCACUAUUACAUGGGGUGGACACUGGGGAUAGUACAUACAAUUCACGAAUGGCAGCAGUCCCGCCACAUGCACCUAAUGUAUGUAGGAGCCCGGAGUGAAACUCUUUGUUUGAAAAGUGCAGGUGUGAUAUAUGAUUCCUGAUUUGUAUGUUUUACUAUGGUCCCCUUAUCUAUCACUGUGUUAUGUUUUUCAGAUUGUACAAAGGAAAUAAAGUCUUACUGGUGGAUUUUCAUGUUAAUUGGAAAUAUGUUACGAGGCAUUGGAGAAACACCAAUCACCCCUUUGGGAGUUUCUUAUAUUGAUGAUUUUUCAAGACCAGAGAACACUGCUCUUUAUAUAGGUAAAAUAUGUGAUAGAUAAAUACAGUUGUGCUGACAAGUUUGGUAAUGUAUGUACCAUUUUAAAGAAAACAUGAGUGAGCACGCAAAACACAUUUAUUUUACUUCUUAUGGGAUUCAUAUCCAUCUGUAGGUUAUAACAGAAUGACACAAUCAUAAAACAAAACAUGGCAACAAAGAAAAAAAUGAAAUGACCCCUGUUAAAAAGUCUGCAUACCCUUAGUUCUUAAUACUGUGUAUUGCCCCCUUUAGCAUCAAUGACAGCGUGAAGUCUUUUGUAAUAGUUAUCUAUGAGGCCCCUAAUUCUUGAAGGUGGCAUUCAUCUUGGCAAAUUGCCUCCAGGUCAUGCAAAGUCUUUGGUCGUCUUGCAUGAACCGCACGUUUGAGAUCUCCCCAGAGUGGCUCAAUGUUAUUAAAGUCAGACUCCAGAACUUUCACCUUUUUCUGCUGUAACCACUGGAGGGUCAUUGUCAGGCUGGAAUGUCCAAGAGCUUCCCAUGCGCAGCCUUUGUGCAAAAGAGUAUUUUCUGAUAACAUGCUGCAUUCAUCUUGCUAUCAAUUUUCACAAGAUCCCCUGCGCCUUUAGAGCUCACACACCCCAAAACAUCAGUGAGCCACCACCAUGCUUCACAAUGGGAAUGGUACUCUUUUCACUAUAGGCCUUGUUGACCCCUCUCCAAACGUAGCGCUUAUGGUGGUGACUCCAAAUUACAGUGUGCCAGAAGCUGUGAGGCAAAUCAAGGUGUUGGGCAUAUUGAACUUUUUGGUGGCAACUUGACCAACUGAUUCACAUUUUCACCCGUGUGUGUUAACUAGUGUAUCUGUAACAAGGCCAAACAUUCAAGGGUAUGUAGACUUUUGAUCAGGCCAUUUGGGUGAUUUAAAAAGGGGGUAAUGUGAUAAUAAAUGGCUUCAUAUAAUCACUAACCUUCCAUAAAAUAAACUGUUUUGCAUGAUCAGUUAUAUUUUCAAAAUCAAUGCCAAAAUUACACAAAUUCUGCCAGGGUAUGCAGACUUGGUGGAUGGAUGGUGUAGCGGACCACGGGUAACCUGACCGGUUACCUCCACUAAUUCCUUCCUUCAGCCACUCAGGAACCACUUAUAGUAAUAUAAAGAGACCCAUUUCCCCCCAGUAACUGGAUGACACACAGUUCUGGAGGUACAACACAAUUUUAUUGAGCCACACAUGGAUUUUAUGCAUAGCCCCAUGCAAGGGGUCUUCCACUCACCCAAACAGGGGGUUAUAUCCCAGGUUCCUCCAGGGAGCCCAAGCGUGGCAACGGGGGUGGCUGUCCCUUUGUGUCCCAAAUAUCAUGUGAGGGGUUUCCCAUCCAGGACGACAGGGUGGUCUUCAUCCCAUGAUCUUCUGUGCCUGGGAGCCAAAGCGUGGGAAAAGAGAUCGUCCCUUUGUCUCCCAGGCCUUGGAGAGCCAGCCAAACUAGCCAGCGUCCCAAAAGUGUCCCCACCAACCCCAGGCGACCUCACACUGGCACAUUCUCCAGGCAAUUUCCUUUUUCUUCCUGUGCUUAAACCUGCAAGGGCAGCGUCUCCGUUUGAGGCACGAAUGCUUCCCCUGGCUGGUGUUCGUCUGUACGAAAUGGUGGCCACCCAUGGGAGCACUCAUUAAUUGGUUUCGCAAUUACGCUAGAGGUGAGAACGUUCUACUAGCGUUCUAAAUGGGAUAUUGUGGUAGUCCCCAUUCGGGAGUCGAAGGAGUUCCUUUCGUCGGAGCGCUUCUGAACGGGGAGCGGGUACAAUAGAAGAAGGUCAAGGAGAAAAAAAACCAUAUUAUAAGUAUAAAUCACCUGAACAAGCGGUGGAUCCACCACAGAUGGAUAGACAAAUAGACAGACAGAUCGAUAGGUGUCAGGACAUAUACCACUCCCGCCCCUCUGGGAGAUACCUCCAUUUUAGACAUCCUUUAGACAUUGAGUAGGAGAGAUUACAUUCCUGGAUCAGCGUUUAGUGGUUGGAGCUUUUUUAUUAGUUGCAUUUGUAAGUUUCUAAAUUUAAAUGGGAUUCAAGGAAAGCGAGAUAAGAAAACAACACAGAUAUGACAGUAAUAUCAGUGUAUGAAAUUUGGGGUGAUAGGGUGUUUAGCUUGGCUUUACUCAGAGCGAACCCUAACCCAGGGGUCGAGUCUCAGAGUCAAUUUAUGACAAGUAAUGAUAUUCUGUUUUUUCCUUUCUUGCUUUGAACAGCAUGCCUGCAUACGGUGGCAUUAUUUGGUCCAAUGACGGGCUUUAUGCUGGGGUCCUUCUGUGCCAAACUCUACGUUGACAUUGGAUUUGUAGAUCUUGGUGAGCUGCUAUAAGUGAUUACCUGUACACUUUAUAUAUUGUUUAUCUUCUUGUUAUAAAAUAAAACCUGAUAUAUAAUUUAAUUACUUAAUGUUAACCUUUGUAAUGCUACUAUAUUACAGCUAAGUGGACGCAAUUUGCUCAGCCAAUGAUUUCUGUUGAUAAACUUGUAUACAGACUAUUAAUUUUAUUAUUAUUAUUAUUAUUGGCAUUUAAAUAGCGCCAACAGAUUCCGUAGCGCUUUACAAUAUUAUGAGAGGGGGGAUUCAACUAUAAAUAGGACAAUAACAAGAAAACUUACAGCAACGAUAGGUUGAAGAGGACCCUGCUCAAACAAGCUUACAGUCUAUAGUAGGUGGGGUAUAAAACACAUUAGGACAGGGAAUAGAAGUCAAAUUAGGUGGGAGUGAGGCAGAGCUGGAGGAGAGAAUAAAGUGCUGCCCUUUAGGAGAGAGAUGGGUUUUAAGGCCCUUCUUAAAAACGAUUGCAGACUAGGGGAGAGUCUGAUGGCGGUAGGCAGGCUAUUCUAUGGGAAGGGAGCCACCCUCAGACAGAAGAACGUCACGGGCAGAGCGGAGAGACCGAGAAGGGGCAUACCUAUCGAUCUGUGAAGAGAUAUAAGAGGGGCUGGAAUUGUUCAGUGCCUUAUAGGUAUGAGUUAGUACUUUGAAUUGACUCCUAUAGGGUACAGGAAGCCAAUGUAAGGACUGGCAGAGGGGUGAGGUUUGAGAGGACUGACUAGAGAGGAAAAUCAGUGUGGUGGCAGCGUUCUUUAUGGACUGUAGCAGUGCAGUACGGCUUUUGGGAAGAUCAGGAGAGGGUUACAAUAAUUCAUGCGGGAAAUUACUAGAGCAUGGACAAGCUCCUAUGUAGCAUCUUGUGUAAGAAAGGGGCGGAUGCGGGCUAUGUUUUUAAAAUGGAAUCUACAGGAUUUGGCAACAUACUGGAUGUGAGGCUCAAAGGUGAGGCUAGAGUCAAGUAUGACGCCAAGACAGUGCGCUUGCAAGGAUGGACUUGAAGGGAAGGGAGAGCGAGAGAGAAGGAUCAGUAUAAAGAGGGGGAAAGACAAGGAUCUCAGUUUUAGAGAGAUUGAGUUUAGAAAGCGUGAGGACAUCCAGUCAGAGAUGGAAGAAAGGCAAGCAGUGACACAUUGCAGGACGGCAGGGGAGAGGUCUGGGGAGGAGAGAUAUAUCUGGGUGUCAUCAGCAUACAGGUGGUAAUGGAAUCCAAAUAAGGUAAUAAGUUUGCCAAGAGAGGCAGUAUAAAGAGAAAACAGAAGAGGACCAAGGAUAGAGCCUAGGGGGGACUCCAACCGAGACAGGACGAAGGGAGGAGGUAUCAUUAGAAAACAAGACACUGAAUGAGCGUUGGGAGAGAUGAGGAAAACCACGAAAAGACAGUCACAGAGACAGAGUGAUUGAAGAGUUUGAAUAAGGAGAGCAUGAUCAAGGGUGUCAAAGGCAGCAGAGAGGUCAAGAAGAAUUAGUAUGGAGCAGUGGCCUUUGGAUUUAGCUACGAUUAGGUCGUCAGUAACUUAGAUAAGAGCAGUCUUAGUAGAGUGGAGGAGGCAAAAGCCAGAUUGAAGAGGGCCAAGGAGAGAGUUGAAAUUGAGGAAGUGAGAUCCAUGGACAAAGACAAGUCUUUCCAGAAGCUUUGAGAAAAAAGGGAGCAGGGAUAUGGGACGAUAGUAAGAGGGGGAGAUGUUUUUUUCAGGAUAGGUACUACAGGGACAUGUUUAAGGUCAGCAGAGACAACACCAGAUGAGAGAGAGCAGUUGAAGAUGUGUGUUAAGGAAGGCACAAGACAGGGGGAGACAGAUCAGAUAAGGUGAGAUGGGACAGGAUCGAGCAAGUAGUGGGGCGAGAGGAAAGGAGAAGCACAGCCACCUCUUGUUCAGUAGCUGGGGAGAAAGUCAGAAGGGUAGGAAAGGCAUGAUCAAUGUGUGGUUGAGAAAGAGAAUGGCAAGGAGGGGAGAAAUCUUUCUUUAGCUGUUUAAUCUUGUCGGUAAAAUAGCAUGAAAAGCUAUUGGCUGUAAGGUUAGUUUGGCGAGUGGCCACAGCAGGGUGAAGAAGAGAGUAAAAGGUGUCAAAGAGACGCCUGGGAUUGCAGAGCAUGAACUAAUGAGAGAGGAAAAGUAUGACUGUGUGGCAAGGGUAAGGAUUGCACUGUAUGAACACAAUAUGAAUCUAUAAUGGAGAAAGUCUGACUGGGUGCGAGACUUCUUCCAGGAGCGUUCAGCACAACCGGAGCUUCUUUGCACAUAGCGUGUUGAUUUAGUAUGCCACGGUUGGGGGCGUGUUCUCCUCGACGUGCAUGUUUAAAAUGGGGCUGCAGCAUUCAAGGCAGAGGUGAGGGUAGUGUUAUAUGUGGAAAUGGCCAGUGAGAGACAGGAGAGGGAAGAGAUGGAUAGCAGUUGUGAAUCAAUAUCAGCUGACAGCUGCUAGAGGUCAAUAGAAUUAAGGUUCCUCCUGAGUUGAGGGGGGUUAGGCUGAAGUUGUUGAGUGAGGGGGUACUUGAGAGCAAACGAUAAGAGGUGGUGAUCAGAGAGAGGAAAUGGAGUGUUGCAGAUAUUAGAUACUGUACAUGCAUAAGAGAAAAUGAGGUCGAGGGUAUUGCCAGCUACAUGGGUGGAAGAAUUAGUCCAAUGUGAUAGCCCAAGGGAGGAAGUAAUUGAAAGUAGUUUAGAGGCUGCUGAGGUCAAAGAUGGUUAGUGGGAAUAUUGAAGUCCCUGAGAAUUAGGGAUGGAAUAUUAGAAGAGAGGAAGUAGGGUAUCCAAGCAGCAAAGUGGUCAAGGAAGAGGAGAGGAGAACUGGGGGGGCGAUAAAUAACAGCAAUGUUAGCUGAGAAAGGUUUGAAAAGGCCAAUGAAAUUAAUUUUGAAUGAUGGGAAGGAGAGGGAAGGGGUCGUGGGUAGAUGUUUGAAGGAGCACUGAAGUGGGAGGAGAAAUCCUACACCACCACCUUUACAUUCAGAGUGUCUUGGAUUGUUGGUAAGUUGAAGACCACCAAAGGAUAAAGAUGAUUGGUGUGAACAGUGUCAGAGGGGGAGAGCCAUGUUUCUGUUAAGGCUAGUAAAUUGAGGGAACGAGAGAUGAAGAGGUCGUGGACUGCAGUGGAUUUUGUAAUACUGCAAACAGAGCGUGCAUUCCAGAGGACAGUAUUGAAGGAGGAUUUAGAGGAAGAGUAAAAUGAGAUGGCUAUGAGAUUGGUAUGGUUCUUUUUACCGACUCUUGCAAAAUAUAUUAAACAUUUAAAAGAAGACAUAUUUGGUGAGAAACUUUAUUUUCCUUAUCGAUUCUCCUCUCAUCCUCUUUGAAAAAUCCCAUGUAUUCAGUGUUUACCAGUGUUUUGAGUCAGUCUGAUAAAUAUAAAUGAGGGAUGGAGUGUGGUAAGUGAUAAACACCUGUCUGUGAUCUGAUACUAACCCCACACUAUACCAGGAAAAUUAAACAUAACAUCCCCUGAGGUAUAUGAAACCCCCCAUGAGACUUUAAUGGUAUUGAGUCCUUUGGAUCUCAUUGUUAACCAAACGCCAUUCACAAUUCAAUGUCCGAAGAGAGAGUCAAUCAGCGAGGGGUGGCCUGCGGACCGUCUCCUUUCCCAGACUCUGACAUAAUAUUUAAUUGAACCAUCCCAUCUUACCACUGACUCUAAAUGGUUAAAUACCCCAUAUGAUGGCUACAAUGCCACCAACCCUUAGUCGCCAAUAAACGCCUCCCUUUAUACCUAUGGUUCUGUGAUUAUUGGUCUAGGGGUGAUUAUUGGUCUAUUGGUCAAAGCUCAUAUAUAAACUUCCCCCACACGUAUCCAGUUUAUCCGAUCAGACAUAAUAUGCUGGAAGGAAAGAGUAUUUUUUUGGCAUAGUGGCAAAUAUUUCCUGGGGUACAAUAAACCAUGUCAAUACUCAGGGAAAAAGGGGGCAAACUGGCAAUGUGGGAUCUUAUUUCAUAUCCACUAAGAGACGAGAAGCCCUGCUCUACUAACUGCUCCUCUCGGUACUAGGGACGUCUUCUGAUCCUGCUGGUUAAGAGUUUAUGAAAGGUAAAGACAUUCAGAGUAAGAGGCAGACCUGCUUCCUGACUCCAUGCUGUCUCUUCUCUUCCAGACAGUAUCACCAUCGACCCAAGAGAUACCCGUUGGGUUGGAGCCUGGUGGCUGGGAUUUCUCGUAGCUGCUGGGAUAACGCUUUUGUCUGGUAUUCCGUUUUGUUUUUUGCCGAAAAGUCUGAAAAAACAAAGUGAAGACGAUGGGAUUAUUGAGGAAAAAAUGAAAAUGAAUGAAAAUAAGGAAGAGCCCAGUAAUUCUGAGCAGCACAGAAAACUGACAAUGAAAGGUGACAUUAUUCUUCCACAAUACUGCCUGCCAAGUGAGAGCGUCAAAAUGCCGACUGGGAAAUGUUUUUGUGAUCAUUCCUGGGUGUUUAUAUUUGCAAUUAGGGUCGUGGACAUAAGGGAUAGGUUAGGGUUUGGGAGUUGGAGGUAGGAGUUUCUGCUCUCUAGAUGCUUUGGCCUGCAGCUAUCAUCACUCUCAGCCAGGCAGAGUGUGGUAUAGGAUGGCUGCUCUUUCACUGUGAUCAUAUAAAAAUGUCACCACUGUGACAAGCUCCAUGUGUGUUAUAAUGGGAAACGAGAGGUGCAGGAAGCAGUGAGUGAGGGGGAGUUUAGGAUGAUAGGGGUUAAGAUCAUGCACAUUGGCGAUGCCCUCUCUCUUGCCUGAAUCCCUCCUUGCACUGUGAGCAGGUUAGUCUUUGUAAUGUUAUGUUUUAAGGCAUUGUUCCUUUCUGUAUUUCAGGAUUUCUACUGUCAUUAAAACAGUUACUGUGCACCCCCCUGUACUCCCUCCUCCUGCUUAUGACCUUCCUUCAAAUGAACAGCUUUCUGGGGUUCAUUACGUACAAACCAAAGUACAUUGAGCAGCAAUACGGUCAGUCCAUCUCCAAGGCCAACUUUAUAACCGGUAAGUAAUGGGCACGCCUGCACAGGAGACUGAAACAUUCUUCCCACUAAAUAAUUGAGGGAUAAUUUGCGCAAUAAAAUAUAUCCCAGGUAAGCAUAAAAUCACCCAAGUUUAAUGGCAAUCCUCUACACUUACAACAAACCAAGUUAAAUAAACAAAAUAACAAAGGUGGUAGCACACACAGUGGUUAUAGUUACCUCCUGGUAUACAAUGACAAAAUCUCAUUAUCAUAGUAUAUCAUGGUGUGAAAUAUCACGUGAUACAGUGAAAUAGAGUGGUUAAUGUAUAAGCUCUCAAUCUUUACAGACUAUUGUAAAUCAGCUCUGGACUAUUCAGACAUCACAGCAACCUUUAAAUCAUGUUGGCAGUUUGAUUCAAUUGCAGGUCCACUGGAGAGUUGCUGCUGUUCCAGUUAUAUACCCACCUUGAUGGCCCCUCAGGGAUUCAACACAAUCCCAGACCGGAGGGGGAUGGCUUACAGAUAACCAUCUCCCGCCCUGGGAAAUACCAACCGUACAACAGUAAAGCACACCAUAUACAUGGGGGAACACUUAAGGGCUUCGCUCCCCGGGAAGGGAAGGGGUCACACAGGUAGAACAUAUAUUGUUGGAUAGCCCCAGGUCCCAAAUAGGAUCCCUGCAAAUAGUGGGGCUAUCAGACAAUCAGAGCCAGAGAAAUCAUUGUAUAAAGUAUGGGGCUCGAGGUUCUGUACAUCCCCUUAAUUAGUUACUCAGCGUUGCUUGGUGUAGUCCGGUUAAUUCAAACUUUGCACCUAAACCAAGCAACUGUCAGGAUUACUAGUUGAUGCAGCUCGCAGAAUUGUGUCACACUAAGGACUAAAAGUAACAUCUUACCGGGCCUUAGAAUGGCCGGACUUAACGUAUCAGAGAAUAGUCAGUAAACUUGCCGAGGUCAGGGACACAGAAGGAGACACAAAGAUGAGGGAAGCCAAAGGUCAGGGAUAACAGAAUUCAGGGAAGUCAAAACGAAGCCAAAGUCAAAAAACAGAAAUAAACGCUCAGGAACACUCUCUCGGAUAACCUACUAAGGGAAACCACGACAGGGCAAUGAAGAGAAGUAAAAAUGCGUUUAAAUAAGCCUCUUACUGAUCUGAUUGUCCGAAAUCGGCUUUUGACCCCAGAAUGUGCGUGCGCGUCUCCCGUGCGACUUUACACACACGCCGACGCUGAGCGGCACUGCCGUUAUUGUCAGAGAGGCAAUUAGCGCAGAUACCGCGUGGUGAGGAUGAAUAUGUUACAUCAACAGCCAAUGCAGAAAAAAGGCACCCUGGGUCCCUGUUACCGCAGAGGGGGCCCAGCACACUGCCUGAAAGGGAAAGUGGGGCCCGGGACUGCCAGAGCAGGCCGCCCAGGACUGCCGGGCCCGUGACAACCAUCAUGGUUGUCACCCCCUGAUGGCGGCCCUGUACAUGCGUAUAGACAUGCAUAUAGACACACACACAGCUCAUUUUUCAGCCACUCUUCUGUCUCUUACCUUUUCUUUGCAGGAGGGUGGCUGGGGCUGAUAGGAGUCGGCACGGCUCUCCCUCUUCACUGGUGCCCGCUCCUGCCACGCGGAGUGAGCUGGGAGGAAGUAACCACAGCGUUGACCGUGCCCCUAAAGAUAUAGGGCCCAUCGGGUGGCCCUUAAUGCGUGGGCCACCCGAUGGGCCCCAUCAGCGUGCGGGCCCUGGUGCAACUGCACCAGCGGCAGUUCCGUCGCUACACUUGUCACCCCUUGAUGGCGGCCCUGGAAGGUAUAUAGGUAGUAUACUACUUACAGAAACUAAAACAAUGACCUGGAGAUUAUUUGGAAUGAUCUCAACCUGAUGAUGUGCAGGAUAUCCAAGGACCCAGACAAAUUAAAAUAUAUAUAACAUUCCAAGGACUGGAUUAAAUAGUAUAAAAACAGAAAAUAUACCAGUUCAAACAGGAAUAAAAAGUCUUCACUUGACGCGUUUCACUAAAGUUUUUUGAAAUGUGAAGAAUCAAGAAGUAAUGAAGCAGAAUAUAUCAAAGACAAAUUAAGUAUUUCUUAUAUACCUAGAUAAGAUCAUUUAUAAAACGGUAUUCAUUUCAAUAUCUAUAUUCAAACUUUUUUUUUUCAAAAAUCCAUUUAUUUUUUUACUCAUUUCAUUAUCAAUAUUUUCUCCCCCUCCAAUGUUUAGUAAUCUUGUCUUAACCUAAAAAUUCGAAUUGUAUAGGAUCAAAGAUACAUUUUUCCAAAAAAUAUUUGGAUCAGUGGCGUACUACUAUAAGGGUCGGGGGGGGGUUGGAGGGCAGUCCGCCCUGGAUGCCAUUCGGGGGUGCCAUCCUCAUAACAAGAGCCGUGGUUGGGCAGUAGGAAAAGGAACGUGGGGGGCUCAAUGUCGUGCUGUCGACACGCUCCGCCCUUACCUGGUUUUGAGCAGAAGCGCAGGGACCUGCUCUGACACUCUGUGUGGGCUGUGCAGCCAUGGCGAGAGCGUCUGGAGUCUGGAUCAGUGUGGAGCAGUGAGCAGGCAAAGGAGCAGGGUGAGUGCUUGCUAAAAAAAAUUGUUUUAAUGGGUACCAAGUGUUUUUUUGUGAAGGGGGUUGCAGGGGUCUUGUAGAGAAGGGGGCAGGUUUUUUUGUAGAUGGGCAGGGGUUUUUGCAGAGAGGGACACGGGAUUUAUAGAGAGGGGCCGGGGCUUUAUAGAGAGGGGCAGGGGAUUUUGUAAAGAGGAUGCAGGGUUUUUGUAGAGGGGGGACUGGGCCGGAGUUUUGUAGAACUGGUACUGAGUAAGGGUUUUGUAGAAGACAAAAAAAACAUUAAAAAACAUGUGCCAUGAGGGGGUGCCAAACACAGGAUCUGCCCUGGGUGCCAAAUGCUUUCGGUACGCCCCUGUUUUGGACACACUGUUGUUAACAGAACUGUUCCUGAUAUUCCUAAUAUGUUAAUUUGGUCAUUGUAUUUUUGAACGGCAGGUAAUAGGAAAUUUAAUAUCAUAUAUUCUCUUAAUAAAAAGGAUUUACACUAUUUUACAUUUAAAUUAGUAAUAUUAGUGCUUUUAUAUGCAUUACACAUGCCACAGUGAAAAAAAUCCUUUUUUUGUCUUGCAGACCAAUUAGUUAAAAAGUUAUUACAAUUUCCAUUAUUUGUCUUCACAUCGCUAGAAGUUUACAUUUGUUUAAAGUGUUGUGCCCCUCUAUAAAUAAAUGUUGAUUUAAAACCUAUAUUGUCUUGAAUUUCACGUUCCUGUUGUAAAAUAUACAGAGACUCACUAUUUUGUUAAGAAUGCCUACAUUACUUGAGCAAUUAACGAAAGCAGAACUUGUUUAUUAAUAUUUUCGUCAUUUUUUCUUUAUUCUAAUAGUGGAGAUCUAUCCAUUUGACCUAUCUGAUCUAAAUCUUUUUGUAAACUUUCCUCAUCGUACCUUUUUUAAAAAAAAUAGUUUCUUUAAAACUAAAGAUUGUGAUAAAAAAUGUGAUUGAUUGUAACAGUUUCUCCGUUACCUUUGGGAUAUUGGUCAGCCAAGGUGUGACGGACCGCCUGGCACCCCGACCGGGUACCUCUGUCAAUCGCUGCUUCCUAGUAAUUCUUGAGUACCAUAAGCACCGCACCGGACACCAUAACCACCUUAAACCCCACAAACCACCACAGCUGGGUUAGAAACAUAGAAACAUAGGAUGUGACGGCAGAUAAGAACCAUUCGGCCCAUCUAGUCUGCCCAAUUUUCUAAAUACUUUCAUUAGUCCCUAGUCUUAUCUUAUAGUUAGGAUAGCCUUAUGCCUAUCCCACGCAUGCUUAAACUCCUUUACUGUGUUAACCUCUACCACUUCAGCUGGAAGGCUGCAUCCACUACCCUCUCAGUAAAGUAAUACUUCCUGAUAUUAUUUUUAAACCUUUGUCCCUCUAAUUUAAGACUAUGUCCUCUUGUUGUGGUAGUUUUUCUUCUUUUAAAUAUAGUCUCCUCCUUUACUGUGUUGAUUCCCUUUAUAUAUUUAAAUGUUUCUAUCAUAUCCCCCCUGUCUCGUCUUUCCUCCAAGCUAUACAUGUUAAGAUCCUUUAACCUUUCCUGGUAAGUUUUAUCCCACAAUCCAUGAACCAGUUUAGUAGCCCUUCUCUGAACCCUCUCUAAGGUAUCAAUAUCCUUCUGAAGAUACGGUCUCCAGUACUGCGUACAAUACUCCAAGUGAGGUCUCACCAGUGUUCUGUACAAUGGCAUGAGCACUUCCCUCUUUCUACUGCUAAUACCUCUCCCUAUACAACCAAGCAUUCUGCUAGCAUUUCCUGCUGCUCUAUUACAUUAUCUGCCUACCUUUAAGUCAUCAGAAAUAAUCACCCCUAAAUCCCUUUCCUCAUAUGUUGAGGUUAGGACUCUAUCAAAUAUUCUGUACUCUGCCCUUGGGUUUUUACGUCCAAGAUGCAUCAUCUUGCACUUAUCCACGUUAAAUGUCAGUUGCCACAAUUCUGACCAUUUUUCUAGUUUACCUAAAUCAUUUGUCAUUUGGCUUAUCCCUCCUGGAACAUCAACCCUGUUACAUAUCUUAGUAUCAUCAGCAAAAAGACAUACCUUACCAUCAAGACCUUCUGCAAUAUCACUAAUAAAAAUAUUAAAGAGAAUGGGUCCAAGUACAGAUCCCUGAGGUACCCCACUGGUGACAAGUCCAAGCUUGAAUAUAUUCCAUUAACUACAACCCUCUGUUGCCUGUCACUCAGCCACUGCCUUACCCAUUCAACAAUAUUGGAAUCCAAACUUAAAGAUUGCAGUUUAUUGAUAAACCUUCUAUGUGCAACAGUGUCAAAAGCCUUACUGAAAUCUAGGUAAGCAAGGUCUACUGCACCACCCUGAUCUAUAAUUUUAGUUACCCAAUCAAAAAAAUCAAUAAGAUUAGUUUGGCAUGAUCUCCCUGAAGUAAACCCAUGUUGUCUCUGAUCUUGAAAUCCACGUGUUUUUAGAUGUUCAUCAAUCCUAUCCUUUAACAUGGUUUCCAUCACUUUCCCCACUACUGCUGUCCUCCACCCACCCUGGACCCAAGACCAGCAUCAAGCUUCCAGUGGGUAGACUUCUCAUAUAAUAUAUAUUAUAAACCCAGGGAGUAUAAGGAGUAUAGCAAUCACCAGAGUGGGAAUAUGUUUCCCAAUCCCCCUAACAUGAGCCUAGACUUCAUGAAGGGUAAAACAAAUCUGUUUAAUGGAGAGACCUUAAAUGCAGGUCCCCAUGCAAGGGGCACUCCCCCCUGGACCUGAGAGUAGACUACAGUAAAAACAUACACACAAUUACAUUGGCUCUCAGGCCCAGGACACUCCCAUACAAAAUAGGUCAAUCCCUCCCCUGUGCCUGGGAGAUAAUUGAGUCAGCACUGGAUAAACUCAAUUAACUCCAGGCAGAGAAAACAUACAUUUUCACAAAACCCCCAAAAUACCUUUAAACACACAAAAUCCCCACAAAUGUUACAUCCCCUGAUAGCCUCAAUCUGGGUGACCAACAUAUCCAAAAAUCACCCAAAUCAGUUCAGGGGUUCAGGAAUUUCCUGGAAGUCAUAAUUUGACCGACUGCACGCAUGGUCCCAUGCCCAAAACAGUUCCAGUGAAUCAGGGCUUGCGGUUGGUCUAGUUCGGUAGUUUAAAAACCAAACAAACUACCGAACAUAGUCAAUGUUCUUACCCUGGAGCAGUGCCCUUCUAAGUUGUGUAGAACCGAAUGCAGGUGACCCUGGAAGUCCAGCAGUGUUCGGGAGUUUCAGUGUCAGAAAACCGUUCCAUGAACUCGAAGACCAAACACUGCUGCCUGUGUUCGCAGGAACAAGAUGGCCUCCACCUCAUGGUCGUUCAUGCAAACAGCGGCCACCCAGACAAACACUUAGAACACUGCAGUGGAAAGUGUAACAAACUGUCAGUUAGGCUUAACAAACUCUGGAGUGGUCUCUGGUUCGUGCGCCUGUUAGGUUCCCAAAUCAAAUAUAAAAUCCCACAAACCAAGUCUGUUCACAUAGUUUUUAAAGGGCCCACAGUCUUUUGGCAGGAGGCUGGCAAGCAGGCCUCUCCAAGAACACAUGGCAGAUGCAUUUCUGCCACACAGGGUUACUAGUGACAGCUAUCAAUAUAUACAAAACUAUUGAAAUCUACCUAUUUAAAAUGGGUCUGGGUCUUUAGAUAUUUAUUAGAAACAUAAAUAUCUAAAUCUUAAAAAAUUAAAUUCCUAUUACUUAUAUUUUAGGUUAAUUUAACCAAAUAUUGGAGUUAAGAAACAUAAAAAAUAUAUUCUAUAGACCACUUCUAUAUAAAAAAAAUUGAUGUACCUGUAAUGGGCCCUUGGUAACCCGACUGAUCACCUCCGCUAUUAAUGAAAGAAGAGACCCAUUUCCCCCAGUAAUUGGAGGACACACAGUUCCAGGGGUACAACAACCACUUUAUUGGUCACACUUGGCUUUAUACUUUCCCCAAGCGGUGGAUCACACACAAUGACAAUGUCCCCUCCCAGGGUCCUCUCCCUCCAGGAGUCGCAUAACAGAACCAGAACCCGAAUUCCUUUGUUCCCUGUUCCCGCCCACUCCAUGCCCCCUCCCAGGGUCCUCCCACUUCCCCGGGGCCUGUGCGUGUGACAGAAACUCCAGUCUUUUGGUCCCCAGUUCCCACCACCAGUUCCCACCACCAGUUCCCACCACCACCUCCGGUGGCCAGGGGGUCUUCAUUCCAUGAGCCUGUGUACCUGGGAGUCCCAGCGCGAAAAGCUUCAAGCCUCUGUGACUCCCAGCCACAGAGAGCCCGCCAAACCGCCAUUGUCCCCAAGAGAGUGUCCUUACCAAUCUCAGGGACUCUUAGAACGGUAACUGUCUCCGUUCAUGGGUCCCUGGGUGAAACCAGGCAAGGGAAGUGUCUCCGUUCAGGACACGAAUGCUCCCUCUGGCUGAUGGCUGCCUGUAUGAAUGGUGGCCAGCCAGGGAAGCACUCAUUAAUUACUUUCCUUGCGGUUUUGAAACUUAUGUUGCAAGUUGCCAACGUUCUAAUUGAUUGGUGUGAACACUCCAAGUUUGGGGAAAUGAACAGGGUGGGAAUCCAUGAAACUCCCCCUAGAUGGCAUUUAUCUAAGGAACGGGCUGCCACAGCACGCGCCGGGGCUUACCUUGCGGUUUGUGGUUUUCUCACCUCGUUACGUGGUGUGAACGUUCUAAGAGAACAUUCUAAAUUAGGUUUCUUGGUGGUCCCCGUUCGGGACAUGAACGGAACCCAUUCGCAAUGAGCUCUCUCGAAUGGGGAACAGAUAAAACACAGAAAUACAACACAAUACAGGGGAAAACACAGGGAAGAUCUCCUAGCAAUUCACAAAUAGGCAGCGGUCCCACCACAGUACCUCUUAUAGAGGACCAAUCUGCACCAAAGUCAUGGCCAUGCUUAACAAAAACAAAAAUUCACAACAGGCCAUGAAUAAAUUAACAAAACUUGGUGUGUAUUUGGUCCCCAUUGCUUUACUCCUAAUCUACAGAUAUGAUUCAUCCUGAAACCAAAAAUAAUUAUUAAUUAAAAUCAUAACUAUGCCAUGUAAAAUAAAAUUAAUUUGUGAAUCUAAACAUUUCUCUGACUGUUUAUGAAAAUAUUCAACUGCCUCACAUCCUUUUUGAUGUUCAAUAGCAGCAUAAAGGCUGGUUACAUCACAUGUGACUAAAAUACUUAAAAGACUGUUGGAGUUUUGUAGAUAGGAUGAUAAUUCCUUACUUACAGUUGUAAAUACGCAUCAAUAUAUUGGGGAACGGGAGAAAACACAGAAUUAGUGCCUUAUGCAAUAGGGCUACUUGGAGGAUUAAUCUGGUUUUAUGUAAUUUAGGUAGAACAUAAUUAACUAGAAUUCUGGGGUUUUUAUACGUAAAAAUAAAUAUUCCCCAUUAUCCAAUAUAUUACUUUCUAUACUCUUUAUAACAUUUAUAUAUCUUUGAUUUCACCUGUAGGUUUUCUAUUUAGUUUUUAUAUGUAUUAACAUCCUGUCAUUGUAGAUUAAUUUAUUGUACAUAUAUCUUUAUCUAUGAUAACCACUCCACCGCCUUUAUCUGCAGGCGGUUUAUAAUUAUUGAGGAGUCCUCUCUUGACAACUUGAGGGUCCUUUUAAUUUAUAACACAGUUUAUAUUGGUAUUUAGACAAGGGCUUACUUUAAGAGAUUUCUUCUAAACAUGCUAGUUCAAAUGCCUUCAUAAUUUGUGAUUUUAAAAAUUGAGGAUAAAAAGUCUGAUUUGUCUAUAAAUUCGUUUGUAAAAUGUGGAAUUCAUCUUCGUCCUGAUUUUUUAGUCUGGGUCGUCCUUACAUUGUUUAACUCUAAAAUCUAUUCUUUAUUAAAACGUGUUUUAAACAUAAUUUUCUAAUAAAACAGUUAAUAUCUUAAUGGACUUUAAAUGUAUUCACAGGGCAGCUAAGUGAAAAUGUAAAAACCUCUGGUAAAAACAUGCAAUUGGGUAGGGGUUGUAUUUUUCUUAGAUAGAUUAAAAACCUUUAUAUUACUGUUCAUUUACUUCUCCUUUCUAAAAACAAUUCUCCCUCCUCUUGUUCCUCUUGUUCUGACUUCCUUUACCUUACCUAUAAAAUAAAUUCAAUAAAAAAGGCACAACACGUUUCGACCUAGUGCAAACCUGAGGAAGACCUAUUGCACUAGGUCAAAACACGUUGUGCCUUUUUUAUUGAAUUUAUUUUAUAUUGGUAAAUAAAAAGUACUCGCCUUUCAUUUAUUUGGUUACCUGGUUCCUGAUUUCCAAACAGUGGACUUCUGAUACCUUCUGAGGGACCUGAUCCUAUACCUACAUACCUACAUCUGAUUCAAAGUUUAGAGCCAACUCAUAAAGGCUCUAAAUAUUGUGAGUGUUCUUAAAGAGUUACCAAUUUAAAAAAAAAAAAAAAAACAUAAAACACAGAAAGCUGUGUGUGGUGCACAGAAUUUAAAGAAAUGCCAUUACUACUCGAGGAAAGCCAUUUUGUAUGUUCUCGGUUAUUGUAAAGGUGUUGCAAGUAAAAGCAUAAAUCAAAAUGGCCGAGACACUUUCUCUUUCCUGUUUGAUUGAGGAGCAACUUGUAUGUAAAGACUGUGAAAACACUGACUACAUAUGGGGUCCCAACACACUCUGAGAACAAUAGCAGUUCAAUGUUGUUUUGUUCCAGGUAUUGAUCCUGAAUUCUGGUUUUAUAAAAAUAAUUUGUUUUUUCUUUUUCAGGGAUCUCCACCUUGCCAGCGGCUGCCCUGGGGGUCUUUUUAGGUGGCCUGAUUAUGAAGCGGUACAAGUUUGGUCUCCUCUCAGCUUCCAAGAUGUCAUUCGGAACAGGUUUUUUGGCCUUCCUCUUUUCGUUUGUGGUGUUUAUACUUGGAUGUGAAAACAGUGAUGUAGCAGGAAUUACUGUUUCAUACAAUGGGUAAGUGAAUGUGGACUAGUAACAGUGAGAAAAUGAAUCACAGGUUUUUAAACCACAGACCUGAAAUAAGAAAUUGCCUAAAAUGUAGGAGAUAUUCAAUGAAGAUUUUCAAAAUUCCAAGUAGCAUUCACUGAUGAGCCACAAUAUUAAAACCACCUGUCUAAUAUUGUGUAUGCCCUCCUUGUGCUGCCAAAACAGCUCUGAAGUGUUGAGGUAUGGACUCCACAGGACCUCUGAAUGUGUCCUGUGGUAUCUGGCAGCAAGACAUUAGCUGCAGAUCCUUUAAGUCCUGCAAGUUGCGAGGUGGGGCCUCCAUGGAUCAGAUUUGUUGUUCCUGCACAUCCCACAAAUGCUCAAUUGGAUUGGAAUCUGGGUAAUUUGGAGGCCAAGACAACACCUUGCACUCUUUGUCAUGUUCCUAAAACCAUUCCUGAAAUUUUUUUUCAGUGUGGCAGAGUGCAUUAUCCUACUGAAAGAGGCCAUAGCCAUCAGGGUACACCAUUGCCAUGAAGGGGUGUACAUGGUCUGCAACAAUCUCUAGGUAGGUGGUACAUGUCAAAGUAGCGUGAGUGCUCAGACCCAAGGUUUUCCAGCAGAACAUUGCCCAGAGCAUAAAACUACCUUCACUGACCUUCUUCUCAUAGUGCAUCCUGCUGCCAUCUCUUCCCCAGGUAACUGAUCUACACACACCCAGUAAUCCACCUUAUCUAUAACAUAGCCCCAUGCGAGCAAACUGUGAUGCACUAUAUGUCUUCUGACACAUUUCUAUCAUGGACAGCAUUACGUUUUUCAGCAAUUUGAGCUACAGUAUCUUUUCUGUGUGAGUGGACCAAACAGGAUAGCCUUUGCUCCCCACAUGAAUCAAUGAGCCUUGGCUGCCCUUGACCCUAAAUGCUGGUUCAGCGGUUGUCCUUCCUUGCACCACUUUUGGUAGGUACUAAACGUUGCACACCAGAAGCACCCCACAAGACUUGCCGUUUUGGAGAUGCUCUGACCCAGUUGUGUAGCCAUCACUGUUUGACCAAUGUCAGAGUCACUCAGAUCUUUUCACUUGCCCAUUUUUCCUGCUUCCAACACGUGAAAUUCCAAAACAGACUGUUCACUUGCUGCGAGUGAUGUCCCGAACGGUUCGCCGAACGGUUCGCCACGGAUGGCGAACAUAUGCGCUGUUCGGUCCGCCCCCUAUUCAUCAUAAUUGAGUAAACUUUGACCCUGUACCUCAGAGUCAGCAGACACAUUCCAGCCAAUCAGCAGCAGACCCUCCCUCCCAGACCCUCCCACCUCCUGGACAGCUCACUAAGAAUGCAGCUUCACAAUGAAUGUAAAAUGGAUGCUGUCCAGGAGGUUGGAGGGUCUUGGAGGGAGGGUCUGCUGCAGAUUGGCUUGAAUGUGUCUGCUGACUGGGAGGUACAGGGUCAAAGUUUACUAGAUGAUGACAAAGGGGGCGGACCGAACAGCGCAUAUGUUCGCCAUCCGUGGCGAACCGUUUGGGACAUCACUAUUUGCUGCCUUAUAUAUCCCACCCCUCGGCAGGUGCCAUUGUAACAAUAUAAUAAAUGAUAUUCACUUCACCUGUCAGUGUUUUAAUGCUGUGGCUGAUCUGAGGGAUUUAUUUCAAUGCCAUAGUGCUACAUUACAUUCAUAAAGCAUUAUUUACUAAAAUAAGAAUUCAAAGUAAAUUCAAAGUAAAUUUCAAAUUUAAGGUCAAAAUAGCCGAAAUUAAACAAAUUAUCUAACUCCUCUAGGCUUUUAGUUUGGCUGCUCUGGCGUUAAAUGUGACAUUCAGUUUGAAUUCUCGCACUAGUGACAAUAACACUGACAAUAUUUUCGUAUUUUAGCACUAAUUGCAGUAUGAAUAACUUAAGGUGUGAUUUAUGUGUUAUGGUUUUAGGAAUAUUUUACUGUAAAGUUGAGUGUGGGGGGACGCGGUGUGAAACCUGUAGAAUCACUUCUCGCUGGAACGCCCUCUGCGCAGUAAUAUUCCUGAUAACAAGCUGUUUGUUGGGUUUUAUUGCAGGAGCCAACUGGAUGUGUUUCAGGAUGAGUUCCUCUACUCCCCCUGCAAUGCUGACUGCAGGUGUUCAUUAAAUCGGUGGGACCCCGUGUGCGGAGAGAACGAUGUAACGUACAUGUCUGCGUGUUUGGCUGGAUGCAAAGGGUCCGUGGGAACUGGAAAAGAGAGAGUAAGCUGGACCUGCCCAGAAUCCUGUCUACACAAUAAACAGUGACACACAGUAUAACACAGAGCAUAAUACUGAAAGGAAAUAAGCCCCGCACCAAAUUCCAACACACUUCUCAUCCUCCUAACGCAUCGAUUUAAAGGAACACUACAAUCACCAUAACCACUACACCAUGAACUGGUUUUAGAGACAUUUGACUUCAUACCUGGUAUCCGCUAGAGGGCGUUCCUUCCCUUUUCCACUAUUUCCAAUGUAGACCCUGACGCGCUGGAGCAGGGAAUAUCUCCUGAGCUGCAGUGCAGGGCUAGCUAAUCACUCUCAAUAAGCUACAUCAUGCACAGCCAGACUUAGCUCAGAACUAGACCUAGUGGAUCUCUGUAUGAAGUGGUGGAGAUGGGGAGAAGCACCCUGAGAAUCCCAGGUAAGAAAUCAAACUGUUCUAAAACAGUCUAAUUACUUACAAUGGCGGGAUGUCAUGGCACCAUAACCACUGCAGUAUGAUGCAAUAUUAUAGUGUUCCUUUAAUAUAAAUGGUAGAAUUACCCCACAAGGACCAACCCAAAAUAAAUUCAUAUUUUCAUAUUUUUUACCGAAUGUGGUAUGGCAGCAGCUGCUCUCCACAUUAACCUCUUUUUACCAGGAAAUACCCAGGUUAACGCUCCUCCAUCCUUCACACAUGUAGGUGGGUGGGAGGUCCAUGAAUAGGGGGUACUUUGGGACUGACUUGAAAACUGGUCAGAAUUAAAUUUCUGAGCAAGUUCAUAAUUUCAACCAUUUCUGAUUGAUUUGAAUGGACUCAAGUUCAGAGUUCACUUAGCAAUUUGUAGGUCGUUUGACAAAUCAUUUAGUACAAGUCGAUUGUACUAGAUUUAGUCCACAGACAUUUUACCUGGGAUUUCUCAGAAUUUUUGUGAAGUGUGUUGUCUGAAUCUUAUUUUUAUUGCAGAUUUAUUAUAACUGUUCAUGCAUUGAAGCAAUGGGUUUCAAGUCCAGUAAUUUCACUGCCCGUUUAGGGACGUGUCCUCGAAACGAAAACUGUGGCAAUAUGUUUAUAUACUAUACAAUCAGCCAGACAUUAAUCACGUUCGUGUACGCACUAGGCGGAGCGGCUGCAUAUAUCAUCGUCCUGUGGUAAGUCCUUAAUGUAUAUAAAUGUAUCUCAAGUGGCUAGAAUGAAACUACUAUUGGUACCCUUAAUGCUGGUUUUCCAGAAACGCUACAAACAGGCAAACAUUCAGGGAAAUAAUAAUGUGUGUCUUUUAGGUGUGUCAGCCCAGAAUUAAAAGCCCUGGCAGUUGGAGUCUACAUGUUACUCAUCAGAGCUCUCGGUAUGUGCGCCUGUAAUGAUCCAUCAUGUAACAGUUGUUUAAAUAGACAGUGAGGCUUGGACCCCUCUUCCCAUUCCAACACUGUCUCUCUUUUAAUGAUUUAAUUUGUCACCGAUAAGGACACUAGUUUCAGUCCUUUUUUAGUCUACUUAAGAUAGAUUAAAGGAUCACUAUAGGGUCAGGAAUACAAACGUACCCUCAUGCCUCCAUAAAUAUAGUAAAAUUCUUAGUGUAUUCAAACCAGAAGCUGUAAAUCUGCAUGCUGUUAGACUCAGAAAAACAAGCAGUCUGCUGACAUCAUCAGAAGUGGUAUCCUGAUCCAAUCACAGUGCUUCCCCAUAGGAUAGAAACAUGUAUUUGUGAGGUGUGUAAAACAAAAUUUAAUUCACAAUUGCUUAUGCUGUAAAUGGGUGCCUCCAUCUUGGCUGUCAGUCAUUGAUAUAAGCUGGCAUAGACAGAGCAUAUAGAGAAGAAGAUAAAUUAAACAAUGUUUUAAUUUCUUCUCUUCAUUUGUAUUGUGUGCCCUGGCUGUGCCUUGUCUGAGCUGGAUUAUGUGGUUAUUUGCUAAAUCUUUCAUUUACAUUUAAAACAAAAUAGAGAAAACCCCCCACAAGUUAUAGGUGAUUUUCCAUGUUUUAUUCAGUGAUAUGGUAGGGAAGUGACUCCUCCUCUUUACUUCAUUAAUAUGUGAGUUUUAAUUGGUGAGUUAUGGAAACAGCAAAUAUAAUAUUCAUUCUUACCUUUCCAGCUGGGAUUCCAGCCCCGAUAUAUUUUGGGGCGCUCAUAGAUAAGACAUGUUUGAAAUGGGGGACCAAGCCCUGUGGAGGAAAAGGAGCCUGCAGGAUGUAUGACGCAAGCUCAUUCAGGUACAAAACAGCCGUUUAAUGAUAAAGUAUUAAUUACACCAGUGGUUCUCAAACUGUGUGCCGCGGUGCCCUGAGAUGCCGCGAUGGGCACAAAGGGAAGCCGCGAGUUAUUUUCCCUGGUGCUAUGAUGAUAGAGAUCUCCCUCUUUGGUCCGCUAGCACUUUGCUGACAGAUGGCAGGGGAGGGAGAGAGGACCCGGGGGAGCUCUAACCUUCAGCUCCGCCGGUUUCUCCUCUCGCGAGCUCGGAGCGUUGCCGCGGGUAAGCUCCAAAUCUCACAAAUCUCCUGAGGCUGCUAGAGUUCACCACCGGGGCUUCCCCACCGGAUUGGCAGGAAUUACAGGAAAUGUCCCCUGUACCAGGCAAAGGUAAGCAGGGAGGGGGGAUAUCAUUUUUAUUUUUAAUUAAAAACAAUAACAAAGUAUGUAUUUAUUUAUUUGCCCUCCUACCCCCACAGACCCCAGACCACACACAUUGCCCCCCAUACACACACACUGCCCCCAUACACACACACUGCCCCCCAUACACACACAUUACCCCCAUACACACACACUGCCCCUAUACACACUGCCCCCCAUUCACACACACCGCCCCCCAUACACACACAUUACCCUCCCAUACACACACAUUACCCUCUCAUACAUACAAUGACCCUCCAUACACACACACUGUACCCCUUACACACACUGCACCCCCCACAAACACUGUACCCCUCACACACACACAGGACCCCUCCACACACACAUACUGUACCCCUCAUGCACAUCCUGCCCCCCCCACACACACACUGUACCCCUCAUGCACAAACUGCCCCCCCCACACACACAAGCUACAUCCUUCAUAAACACAAUGCACCCCUGUGCACACACUGCACCCCUCACACACACACAUGCACACUGCAACUCUCACACACACACAUAUUGCACCCCUUACACAUACACACACACUCAACAGCCCCUAUCCCGGCAGACCCCAGGUAAGUUGUCAAACUGUUCUUAAACAGUUUGACUACUUACCCUGGGAGGGCAAUACGGCACUACUGGCACCAUAACCACUACAACGUAAUGUAUGGGUUAUUGUGCCUGGAUUGUUUCUUUAAAUAAUCUACCAGUGCCACUCCCAAGAUUAGGGGCCCAGUAUAUGCCGCAGCCUUGUACAUAUAUACAACAUAGAAUUUUUUUGACUUGGGGUGCCUUGGAAAAAUAUUAAGGGCGCCUUGAACCUAAAAAGUUUGGGAACCACUGAAUUACACAGUCUCUCUCAGUACUCGCAGUCGCAGUGAAAGGAAAUAACUAUCUGUAUAUCAAAGGGAGAAUGAUAACAAAUGUAAAAACCUCAUGUUUAUCAUCAAAGGUCUUCACACUGUAGGUAACAUCCAUUAGGGUGGCAUCAGGGUAGCAGCUGGAAUGACAGUGAAGAUCAAGUUAUAUUGAGGACAGACACUCCAUCCUUGUUAGGGUGUCUCUGAGAAAAGUCUGUAUUAAGAGGUUCAGUCAUUAAUCUGUCCAUUGCAGUGAAUUGAUAAUCAAGUGACAAAUUUUACACCAAUUUAGAAGAUUUUUUAAAUUCAGCUCUUUGGUUGUCAUCAAUUGAGUGUAUCAGUCUCCGUGUUGGACAGACUCAUGGGUCAGCUCUGAUAGAAAGAUUUACAGCUAAUUUGGGGGGUGGGAGUGUGGCACUCAGGAUAGUGUUGGUGCUUUUAUCUCACACCAAGGAUCACUUGCCUACAUCGUUACACUAAUUGCCACUAAUGUUCCUUGAACUCUCUGUGUGUCUCUGCAUCCUCCCUCCAGAAACACCUUCUUGGGUCUGAUGACUGGAAUUCGCGCCCCAAUGUUUCUCGUAGCCAUUGUCUUUAUAUAUUUGGUCAAGAAGCAGAUUUCAAAGACUGCAGGAAAAAACGCCCAGGAGAAAGAGAACCGUGAAGAUUCCGUGAAAAGUAACAUUUACUCAAAGGACAUAAAAGACGAGGAAUCUGCCGCCCUAAACUCUCAGAAGGAAUCAUGCAUGUAACCGUUACUGAUUGUCUAAUAAUCAUGCUGUUUAUAUAGUCAUAGUUCUAUAUGAUAAGAGCGCAGUUCCAAACAUGACUUGUAUACAAUAAAGGUUUAAUUUGGUAUAUAUCAUUUUAGAUUCAUUGUCUUUAGACUAUCCUGCACAAUUUCAUAUUUUCCCAUAUAUUCUAACAAUGUAUAAAAAUAUGCAGCACGAACAACAGAAAAACAUGUAUUAAGCUUAAGAUGGAG